AUGUCAAGUUUGCAUAUCAAGAGUCUGUUUCAGCUGGUUCUGUCGAACCAAUUGGAGCUUCCGGUGAGCCAUUUAAAUCAUUAUUCCCACCACCCACCGCCCCUCUUCUCAACCAGAUAUCCUAACAGUCAGCCGACCGAUUGUAGGGGAGGCUCCUGGACCUGCUUGUUGAUUGGGUGAAAUCAGUCGACGUGUUGGAGCCAAGCAGGCACAUCCUCUGGCCUCUGAUCACACCCGUCGCUUGGCCGAAACCGACGCUGAAGCCGAGGCCCUCUCGUGCGGGCCUCCCCUCUGCCUCCACCACCAAUGCGACAGCCUUCUACGCCACAUCCCCCUGCGCCGUAUUCCGUCACUGUGCGGCCGCCUAUGCCAGCUCAUCAGAUGUACGAGCUUGCCUCGCUGCCACCAGGACGCCCGAUGCCAACGGUAGAGCCUUUCACCGGGUGGGGUUACAAAGCUCCAAUGUCAGAAGUGACCGCAGCCGCAGCAGCACCCUCCGGGUCGAUAAGGAGACCGCUGAGGGCGUCGCGAUGGUCGCCAACUCCCUCUGGCCUGUCCCACUUUCACGCUACCUCAGCGCCUACGAGACGCCUCCCUCACUGACUGCUGCGCCUCAAUCGACUUCCUUUACCAGCGAAAGACCGCUCCUUGGAGUGGCAGUCUCCACGUGGUUCAAUCUCCACAAUGACCAGGUCAGCAUUAGGGCAUUCUGAUAUUCUUCGCAUGGCCGUGGCGCGUCGUCAUUUAUUCACGUUCACUUCGUAACUACUGGGCACUGAUGAAUGAGCGUGGUCGACUUCCUGGUCGGAAAACCCCGGAGACAAUUGUAUUCUUUCUGAAAAUGACAGAACUUCAAAGCCCAUUAAUAAGUCGGCACCAUCGCUACUCCUGUUUGAGUUACACUACCACGCUGCGAAACUUAAAUAGAAAAAAAAACACUUGGACGAUGAGAGGAUACUCGUUUAUCCGCAGUCUUCGGGCCUUGGUAAACGGAACUGCACUUGGGAAAAAUGAUCGGAAUUUGAGCAUUCAUACAGUAUUGGUUUUCGAUGCCGAAGGCCUGAUAAAGCGAGGAAAUCGCCGAAUUUCCGCGGGGAAGGUUACCUCAGUUCUGGUUUCGCACUUUUCUCCCUCGCCCAGGCACCAGUGCCCUUUACUACCCCAUCAGCCGACUGCUGAUGAGAUGCGACACAGUGGUUAGCGUGAAACACGCCUAGUGCAUGCCGCACGCUCCGUUUCAGCGUAGCCGAGCUAACGCGUCUAUUGACUGAUGUAGGGGCUGGUCCGAUCUAACGCUACGGCUGUGCAUUGUAAGAACUAGCACAUUUAUGACGCAUAAAUGUGGCCUUUCUCCCGCAGCCAUUGCACCUAGUCUUACUCUCGUCUUGCCUUACCAACAGGGUGGGUUUAAGAGGAAAGCGCGAGGUCGGCGCUAUGCAAGUCUUCUUUGCGCGCUAGUCGCCACUGCGCUCUCCGUAACAAUUGGGCUCCUUUUCGCUCACAAUAAACAUACUUUCUCGCAGCAGGCAGCGGUGACUUGCACACCGGAGUCAUACCCGGAAAAACCUGCAUGUCAAUCUAACUGUCUGCCGGUUUGGUGAUCGGCAUAUGCCAGUCUUCGAGUCAUUUUUUGACGCCUUCGUUUUAUCCUUCUGUACACUCCCCGUCCCCCCUUGAAACGCCAAGAGAUGUACUUAGUAAUUUGUGCAGUUGCGACAGGGCUCGUUCAGUGCUUUGUCGCGUGAAGAUUUUUUUAAUCCUCGAUAUGUUGCACUUUUGCUUGAGUGCGUGUGAUCAUUGUGACUCUCAAACUGUCAAACUGCCUUUAUUUAUCUUUUUUGGCUUCUUCACAGACCAGCCUUCCAGACCCUGGGACCCGUCAGGAAUUCGUCUCGGCCCUCCCUCUCACCGGCGAGCGUAUUUUCUCCUAUUCCGCCCAAGGCCUGCUGGUUCACCUGGCCACCCUUGAGGCGGUCUCUACUUCUACUGGCCUCGCCAGACGAUUCUCCGCCAGCGCUCGUCCCUCCGCUACCGCCCAGCAGAUUCGGAGUCAACCAACGUCUGAUGUGAACUGCCCCAGCUGUUGGUCCUUCCAGGUGGCGUUUCUGUGUGCCUUUAUGCAUACUGUCUACGGUUCUCACCUUCAUGCUUAGUGACUUAGGGUAUUUGAUUUUUUCUAGUUUUGGAAUGUCCCUCAUCUGGCCGGAGUCUAUGUCCGAGUUUGGCGUCGAUGUGUGCGUCACGCACGCUGCCAGCACGCGUUCGGAUGUCUGCCCUCGGCAGUUCACUCACUGAACGAGUCUGACCUUCAGCUCACACUUGUCGGCGACGCGUUUCUGCCGCUGACGGAUGAGGAAGCAACUGCUGUUCAUCCGGCAGUUGGUUGGAAUCAUCUUUUUCUCACGGUGCUCUGGAAUACGGAUGCGGUUGGUGUCCUCUCUGGAUGGGUAAGCAAGUCUGUUGCACGACCUGCUAUUUCCUUCGCUACAUAUCCAGUCAUAAUUGGCAGAAAAGAGCUGACGAGGUGAUCUUUCGAAGGAUACCUGUCAUUUGUUUGUCCUUUUGCAUGCUUUGCCGUCCAGCGCUAAGGUUUCAAAUGACAGUUCCAUUCACCGUCCCAGCUUGAACUCAAGACGGUGUACGUGCGCGCCGCAUUGUUCUGAAAUUCCAAGCCGGAGUCUUUGUAGGCGUCCUCCUAGCGAUGAACGUUGCAUAUCUGAGAGGUUUGCCAAUUAGUAAAAGACGAGUAGACUGGCCAGUCGUACUUUAUCGCCAUGCAGGGCAGAUCGGAUAUCUGAACCUGUAGCAGCCGCUCCAGUCCCCCUUUUCUCCGGCUCCGUUUUGUCGAACAAUGGCCGCAACAGCUGUUGACACACGGCCACCCCCACCGGCUAACACUCGAGCACCUCCGGCCCAACUUCAGUGACUGUCGGCUGACCUCACAAACUUUCAUCACCUCACGCGCGCCUAACGCCCUGGCUUGAUACCCGUGAGGCAUUGUGUGCAUGCGCCCCUUCUUCCUCCCCUAAUUUGUCCAAUCACGCGACCAACACUCAACCAGUCACCCCCUCCUGCUGACCCAGACACUCACACCCGCGUGAACAACACACCGCGACUGACGCUCUCCGUGAACGGACUCUUAUCUCUGUUGCAAGCAAACAGCCAACUUACGGCAUUCUGUCCUGUGUACAGAAUAAAGUAGUCCUCACAGCUCCCUGACUUCUGACAGUAGACGAAGCGAACUUAUUGCGCGUGGGUUAAGUUGAUCCCACAUCCUUGACCGCCACAAAGCCUCUUUCGGUUGGUUUGGAGUCUAGCUUGCUGUUUCUGCUGCUCAAUGCGGUGGGUAGGCCAGAAGAAAUGGUCAUUCACCUCCCACGUCCCUGUCUUUGACAAUAACUCUUUCCAUCCUCAUCAUGAAAACUGUCAUACCACUCUUCUCUUGUCCAAGACUUUGCCGUCUGUUUUGUUUCGUCGGUUCAUCGACUCGCCCCUGAAAUAUCACAUCGUCCAGUGAAUAAGCAUUCUGUCAGAUGAGGUCUCACCCUACGUUCUUGUGCCCAACAUGCGUUACGCCGCAGAAGAAUUGGCAAUACGACCGUCAGAGCAUUGGUGUUGGUUGCUUUUCCCUCCCUGAUUGCUACCUGCUGGAAAUUUUAAGCGGGAUCAUCGAGAAAUUGCGUUUUACAAAUAGUCCUCCUCUGCAUUCACCGGUAAAAACACUCCGAUCACUCCACAUGGGGCAACUAGUUGUAUAGCGGUGACGUUUACCGACCUAGUUGAAUUCUAAAACCGCCAGGUAUGCGGUUUAAAUUCUUUUGAUGAGCGACGAGCUUCCACUAAGAUUUCUCCGCAUAUGCCCUGCAUUUCAACCUUCUUCCUUGCGCGUAGCUUUGCAAGUAAAAUCUAAUAGUCUCAGCCUCCGUCUCGCAGCCAGCUUCGUUUUCAGAUGUUCACCUCCUCUACUGUGUCUACGACUCCUGGUGUUUUUUAACUUGUGGCCGAUGCGGGCUGUGUGAUACUUGCCACCCGGAAGCCUCUGUUGUGGCCUUCACGUAGUUUGUUCUGCCUGGGUUUGGAAAUUAUGAUCCGUUGCUGGUCGGGCAUGCAGUCAUUUUGGUCUGAUUUAAUUGUCCGGCUUACGUGAACUCUUGUCGUUCUCCGCAGAGGGAUUCGAACUAGCGUCUACCAUGUCUUGCACACGCGUAUAGUUCCAAAGGUGUCACAUUGUUUAGUUUUAUAAGGUUCAAUAUGAUUUUCAUCAUUCAUGGGGUUUACCAACCCACCACUGUAUUUGCCUUCACCUCCGACCCCGUUCUCCACAGGUCUCCUGCACAGUGAACGGAUCCGCUUACACCGAACAGGCCCUCCUCCUACACCAGGUCUCCGGCCUGUCUGACUUUGAGGGCGGCCACUCCUGUGGGAGCCAGACCCUCCUGCGUCGCCGUCUGAGUACAGCAAGCCCCGGAGAUGCUGACUGCCUCAACCUCUGGAUUGGCCAGAGGUUCACUGCCUGUGAGAAUGAGCUUCAGCCUGGUGCUGUCGUACUACGUUCUGGCCAGAUCUCUCUAGGCAACAUUGCCAUUUUCACAGGUAGUCACAUCUUUUGGCUGCAGAUCUCUCAUUUGACACCCGUGAUUCCUCUGUGCAAUACGGUCAGGUAUGGUUUAACUGGCGAAACUGUGUGAAAUUGCAGCUAUAUAGAGGGGGGAGGGAGGGAGUGUGAGGUGGCGUGAGAGGGGAUCAAACGCGUAGAGGAGUGCUGUUUCACGCGUCUACAGACUCCACAGUAUUGCAGACAGGCAAAACCCUGUGCCUCUUUUCAAUGUCAGGCGUCCCAAAGAUAGCCAAUCGAAGUUCUGCUGUUGGUCUUGCGAAUUUAUUUUUCGCACGUCGCUAGACUGCCGUCUGCAACGACUGCCACCUUGAGCCCACGGCAGAAUGAACUGUACGUCAUCUUACUGGCAGGGUGAAUCCUUAGCUUUUUUCACGGCUAGAGCCUUUUUUUCUCUCGGUUACUAAUUCUUCCCCAUUUCUGGGUGUUUUUUUUCCGGACAAACGAAAACAAAAUUGAACAUGCAGUCCACAGUUUGCCUGACUUUUAGUUGGGAAUAAGGGAUCACCCAGUGGUAGGCAAUCGAUCCGCUUGCCAGUUGUCAUGAGGUACAAGGCAGUAAGAAAAGCGCAGUAGCUGGGCGUAGGAUUGAGAGGAAAUUUUCUUUCGUUGUCGCCAAUCACUUAUGAAAUAGGCCUUCCAACAAAUUUAUGUUUUAUUUACCGAGUCCAUCACUGAGAAUGGUUGUUCACUCACCUGGGCUUUCGCGCCUCUUCAGCAAUCCGCAUUCGAAAGUUUAAACCAAACAGUCUAAGUUUCGACCUAGCCAAUAGGGUUUUCAAAGGCAUUGCCUAUUACCCUUAAAAAAAUAUACUGACCAAUCACCUGGAUUUCGUGUCAUCGUGCGUGGUUGCAUCGAUUUUUUUGACAUUCACUAAUUCCGUGACAGGGUUGCGACCUUCGGCUUGAUUGCGCAACGCUUGAUGGACGGGUUCGGGUUCAAUGCGUCUAUUUAACCAUGUUUAACAUAAUUAUCACCUUCCGACCUAUCUGCUUACGGUCUUGUUAGCUGUCUGUCCGACCGCUAACUUGGCAGAUGCAUAGUAGGUGUGCUUUGUUUCGGAAAGUGAGUAGCCGCAAGUUUUGAUAGGUCUCCUUCUUCUCAAUGAACUAAUCUGCCCAUGCAACCGAGUCUCCGUUUUUUGCCCACUCUGACCUUUGUAGUUGCAGGGGUUGCCAGCACACGGAAUGCAGUAGAUGGCACUGGACUGCUUUCCUAUGUUUGAUUUGUUUCCCUGAUGCGCAUUAUUUGGGAGCACACUGUGGCCACCGGUUAUCGAGCGACGUUCAUAUUUCAGUCUCGGGAAUGUAGGACUAGGGUGCGUAACGCAGCCUCUACUUGCCACACCUGAGGCAGCAUCCGACGAUCACCGCAUCAGUGUAUCCAUGACGUAUUCAUUCCGAAGGAUGUGGAUCGCAAACAACGAGUGAACAUUGAUUUACGGAGAGAAUUUCAGAAGGGAGCACUGACAAGCGUACUACCAUUCCUGCUUAAUUGCGCACAAAGCAGUCACUGAACAGUUAAAGUCGGAAUCAGUCAUCACCCAAAUGUCAACGUGAGACGGCUACCAUGGAUGCCAUUGAAAUGAACAUAGAGAUUACAAAUGUAGACCAUGUUGCACAGAUUGAGCCAUUCUAGAAGCAUGCGGCGGGCCCCUACACAAUUGGUCACCCAGACGGCUCAGUAAACAAUAGAUCAGGGUUCUGAGCCAUGAGACAUGUUCCGUCGCCGACAACAUUAGGCCACGAGACUACGUAGCCGCCGUUGAGGUCAUAAUGGACUGGCGGCGCCCUAUUUCAAAGUCUUUGUCAUGCUACUACGAGAGUUCCACUGUCGGUUUUGACGAUGUCAACUUUGUGAUCCACAACAAGGUGCAGCAGGCACGUUAACUUGCGCGCGAAUUAGCUUAAAGUGAUAGUAGACUUGCGCAGCGUCUACUGUAUUCAUUUUUUACCAUUCCCCACUUGGACCUGGUGUCGAGACAGAGUAAAGAAGACCGGAAGUGGAGGAGGGCGCAGGCGGCUGGCAUGGUCGAGCCCGCACCUUGACGUUCCACUCUACACUCCCUGGUCCGCACAGCAAAUGACCAGGAUUUUUCGCCAACAACAACAACAGCACCCCAACAAGAGCCAGAGCGACGAGGAUGUUUGGGCGGCCAUGUCCACCUCCUGUAUACUCGGCGGGGGCGCAAGCGCAUCUAGCGGCAGGGAACCAGAUGUCAGGGGACAGCCCGCGCAUACUAGGCUGGGAGAGUCAUGGUUUGCUGAUACUGGCAUAGCACAUGCUUCCAGACCUUUUGACCUAGGAGGGUGACAGUUGGUCCUGCAUAUAGCCCGAACCGUCACCCUUCAAUUUGAGGUAGCCAAACAGUCUUCGAUUGAGUCGUCGACUGAGAGGCACUACCCAUAGAGUACACACCCUCCUCACAUACAUGAGAGUCAUAGAUCGCUGGAGGUGCCGCUUCAGCCUGGCUCUCAGCGCACCAGUCCGCCACUCCACACAAACACGCACACAUGCACAACUUGACGGACUGCCUGGACUGAGUUGGGGCCUCAGUCGCCUCCCUUCCGAGUCACGGCGCCCGAUGCCACGUGGUAGUCUCAGACUCCGACCACACAUGCAUUUGGGGGGCCGCGUAGAGAUCACGCUGCCGACACACAGGUUGACGUACAGCCUAAACCCAGCAGACUAGAUUUUUGGGAAGCGUAAUCGUCAAUCCCCCACCGACGAGAAACGUUCGAUUGUAGUCAUGAGCCGAAUAGUCUGCAAAGAGAAGGGCAUACACCCGUCUUAGUGACGAUAACUUCUGUCUGGGCAGAGUAAUUAGUCAACCGGGGACUGUGCGAGUGGAAGCCACUUCAACUUAUGACGGUGCUGGUUGUUAGGACACCGCCCUAACAAUCCACCAACACGCCGUCCGCGUGCUGAUGUCGCGCCAGAUCCUAACACUAUUGGAGAUCUACCUAACCAGUCGGAUGAGCCAGAAGUCCAGCCGACCUAUCAUCCGCUUAAGGACACUACCUGAUUGGUCGAAUUGCAGUUCGAUCUUGGACAUCCCCGUACGCUAUUAGAAUACGUCAAUACACAAUUUUAUGUAGCUUCUGCGGUUGAGUCCUAAUCAACGAAAUCGGUCUAGAUGAGUGCGUACGGCAGGUUAAUAACAAUUGUGACAUACAACGUCGGCCGUCAAUACCGCUGGUGAACUCGUAGGCAUUACCGACUGUGAUGCGGGCAGCUAAGCCGACAUUGUAUUCAGUAAGACCAUUACGAAGAAGACGGGAACUGUGAACUGGUGAGUGCGUCACAUGAUUACUGUACCCACAGUGUGCUCGCCACCUUUGUCGGUUACUCUUCCUGACGACGUGUUUGUAAGUGAAUUUGGUACACAAGUUGCAAAAAUUCCUGUCCCAGCAGUGGAAUCCUCUUCUCUUCUUCAUCAACACUGAUAUGAAAUUGAUUUGAUUGGCUAGUGUGCAAAGUAAGGUGCUUGUUUUGCUGCUCUUUUCAUAUCUCUGAAGAUGGACCUGAGAAGUAAUCCGAAGGAUCAGAUGAAUAAAUUUCUGUUCCCAACGAUUGACUCCUCGUUUGGUUUGUCCUUUCUGAUAAUGCUAGCGCACUGGAGAUAACCUUCGGUUUGCGCCCACAGCGCGACUAUUGCAACGCAUUUAUUUCGCGGUUUCUCCUUUCUUUUUUUCCAGCAGAAAUUGCAAAAAAUAGUCUGUCCUUAGCUCUUAACUGUUUGUCAUUCCAUGUAAAGUUUAAAAAGGUCUUGUACUAACCGAAAUGGGCCGUCGACGUUUUCUGAGGACAUACCUGCCUUGCGUAUCUAACUGUCCUUAAUUUCUUUGUCUGUUUUCAUGAACAGGCCCAAUCCUCAGACCUGCAAAACCCGAACCCGGUAAAUCCUGUGAUUCCCAGAGGAUAGAGCAGACCAGGCGCCUUGCCUUGAGCCUGGCACUCUGUGGUCCCGAAUGGUGUGACACUGUGGCUGACUUCGACCUCGGGGACUGCCUGUUGCGGGCGAACGCCGUGCUUCGUGGGCUGCUUCAUCCCCGCCGCCUUUGCAACGGGGACAUCACGCACCAGGUUCAUCUCUCUGAGGCGGCAAACAAGCUGCUUACACCGCGGUCCUCGGAAAGACCUACCACCGCCGUCCCCUGGUUCUCUCUCCUAAAGACAAUCAUCAAGGUUGUUGCUCCGGAAGCUAUUGUGGUAUUUGAAAUUGUACUACCUCGGGGUAGGAUAUGGCUGUCUGACGACGGCCGACAAUUCAGAAGUGGCUGUUUCAGUCUCCCUUGUCUUUGUCAGUGAUAAUAUUCUGCUUGUAUUACGCGCCGUAGUGUAGCUGCUGCCGGAGCUCGAAAGAGAGAGCCCCAAGGCACAACUGAGCGAGUGAGUCCCCUUUCGGGAAUGGCGAGCGCCCUCUACCAUUGUAUAUAUCGGAUCGAAACCGACAGGACAGCAAAGCCGCAACUCGGUGGUUAGGGACGUUAGACUUCUAGCCAACAGGUCGCGGAAUCGAGCUCCAGGUGUUCCAUAUCUCGGUGGUUGGGUAUGACUGGCUGAAGACGGCAAAUAAGCUAGAAAACGGCCAUUCCAGUCCCCCUUGUCUUUGUCGGUAAUGCUCUUCUGCCUUUAUUACCCGCUGCCGUGCGGCUGCCGGUUGUGACAGAGAGAGAGAGAGAGUCCCAAGGAACAACAGGACGAGUAAGUUCCAUAAUGCCAUAUAGUCCAUUAAACCCAAAGCUCUGACCGGCUUUUCAUCAAGAAUAAAAAUAUAUCGGAAAUCGACACAGAAUAAUCCCAUAAACCGGGUCUAACUUAGCCGGUCGUUCGGACGAAUAAGGCAACUUUUUGGCACAGGAACCUUUUUCUGCCGUAAACUGCCGCAUGGCAUCAUGCACGGAUGUAGCGUAGACUUAUUUACUUAGGCACUAUGUUAUUACCGCCAAGGACAAGGGAGACCGGAAUGGCCAUUUCUGGCUUAUUAGCCGUCGGCAGCCGGUCUACCCAACCCCGAGAUUUGGAAAACCUGGGGCUCGAACUCGUGACCCGUUAGUUAGAAGUUCAACGCCUCUAACCACUGGACCACGGCCCCGUCGUCCUGUCGGUUUACGUCAGCAAUUUGCGACAUAACCAUAAUUCACCUAAUCCAAUUUUGAAAAAACUCAGCCUCGGUGGGAUUCCAACCUGCGACAUCAAGCGCAAGGCUUGAGUACAGCCAACGCUCUAACCACCUGAAUUAAGAGACUCCACCAGGAGCCCUGAGUUUAAUCGCUUUAGGGUCAAGCCACCUGCCCAGUCUACUGCAACCUGUGGAGUUCACCAAAUUCCACUCUGUACGGUUCCGUAUGUGGCCACCAGAGGAGCACCUCGAGUUACUGAAUUCUCAUCGGCGAUUCAGGCUUUAAUACAUCCUCGGCUUCUCUCGCUCCCGCCAUGAACGUUUGUCUUGGCGGCUGUAAAGUUAAACUCGUGACUCAUUUGGAGGUGUAGGUAGCCACUUUUGGUAACACGUCACCCCACCGCACAGUCACACUAUGUUCGUGAUCCGAGCGUGCGUUCAGUUUUAACAAUGUGAUUGUUAGAACAGUUUAGGAGGCAGGAUACGGUACACUGCGCCUGAAUACGCACUGUGUUUUUAUCGGUACUUGAUUUUCAUGACCCCCGUUGUGCACUGUAGCAUUGGGUCGGCCUGCAAUGUGCUCAGUCGCGUCUGAAACGUCUUUAAAGUAAUGCAAAACGUGUUAUGUCCGUGGCGUUGAAUUUAGUCACAUUUUGGUUAAGCCAACCACUCAGCCUACUGCAGGGUAUGAAGUCCACCAAAUUUAGUUAAGUAAACUGACUGUCUAAGCAACAUUUGUGAGUAAUAGCAGGCUCUCUUUAGGCCAGACAAACUUCCCAAAGUAUUAUAUCUCAAACAUUUGUCGUGGAUUAUUUCUUUCAAGGGCGUAUGACGAAUGAGACUUUAUUUACGUAUUAGGUAAUCUGGACUUGAGGACAGAGCGUUUCGCGCAAGGACUUCGGUCUGUACUCAGAAGUCACUACUCAUUUUACAGGAAAAAAGUACAGCUUCUCUGCGACAGGUGAGAAAUCUCACGAUGCUUCUAACCGACUGUCAGACUGAUGCUUUAGUGCUACAGAAUACAGAGGAUCAAGUGCACUCCGACUAAUCAGUUCACCUGAUACUUGGGUCGGCUGCUUAUUCGGUCGAAAUGUCGAAGAGCAGGAUCAGGUGGUUUGUGCAUUAUCACGAGUUUGCCCCGCUUAAUAGAGCUAACUCAGCCUAAUUGUAUUGGCGAUCGUCUCUACUCAAAGCUUCCUUAGGCAGGGCUGAAGAGGUUGCCUGUAUUUGAGUCCUACAAGAAGCCAAUCUGCAGGCAUGAAGCUCACUCACCUGACCUGCCUAUUUCUUUUUUGUUCCAACCGCGCCUUGUCUUGUUUUUAGCGUUGUCUGCUAGCAGUGAUUCCGAGCUACUCACCGGACCGCGUCUUCUGGUUCUCCAGCUGCGAGUUCACUCUCUACGAAGGUGAUAUACCACGUUUGCACUUUUUGUCGAGUGCAAUGCUCUACGCCAAUCGGCCGCAGGGUUCUGCCUCAACUGUCACGUGAGUCCCUACUGCCUGACUGAUCCUCCAUGUUGGCGCCUCUCUAUACGAACUAUGUGAGGGCGAACCGCCCUCCUCUUCAUUUGGGGCGACAGAUUACGGAGGUUCCAAGAGCCACCUGAAUACCUAGAUGGCUGCUGUUGAUCAAUAUUCUUGGCUGACCACUUCUUCUGAUAAGCGUUCGGUUUUGGAUCUUUGGGAGCCGAACUGACCUUUCUCAAUUAACGACGGCCAACAUUCCUUAGUCUCCCCAAUCUUCUUUUGCAAGAUGGCCCUUGAUGCCGAAUAUACUGCUUUGCCAGCACCAAAAGUCAGUUGUGGUUAUGUAGCCCAACCUAAAGUGAAGCUUUUUAAUUUCCUUAGAAAUUAACUGCGAACUUGGAGUAGAUCAGUAUAUUUAAGGUCGAUAGGCGCAGACCUAAGUUUUUAAGAUGCUGAUCUACCCCAAGUUCGCAGUUAAUUUCUAAGGAAAUUAGAAAGCUGCAAUUUCUAAAUUGGACUAUCUACCAGAAAGCAGACAGGGAAUGCUGGGGGGACCCACUGACCAGCCGAACCCCACGCAGCUGUGUCACGCAGCGGCAGAACAUCGGGGAAACACGCGCGUAUGGGCUUUUGGCUAGUACCUGUGCUGUUAGUAUGGAAUCACCUUACCGAAACCUAAAGUAAACAAACCCCAGCCGCCUGUAAUACUGGACCGGUGGUCUUAGGAGUUUUUAAGGGUGAUGCCGGGGAACGCACAGGCGACGAGGUCAAGAAGGUGUAUGCAAAAGGAAAACCAUUGAGAAUGCGCGGUUGUACUUUGAGUGGUUAAGAAAUAGCUGCUUUAUUCGUAGCCCACAACCCCAUCAAGUGGAGCUACAUAACCAUAUCUUACCGCAUCAAGCUAUGGUGACCUAGAGGACGUCAUAUUGUAGAAGUAUAAGAUCGCCAAAUCAGUUGCCUUAUCCACUACUUCUAUGAGAAUCAAUCCGUUUUCGAAUCACAUCUCUAACCUGGAGAACGAUCCCCUCGAAUUAGUGGCUUUCAACUAGAAGGCGUUCGCGGUUUCGAGUACCUCAGGGUGACGUAGCUGCCAAAUGGACGGAGUAAGUUCGUCAUGUUCAUCCGAAUCGAUUCGUCUAGUCGAGUGUGCAAAAGCUUAUGGAGGUGCAUGUGAAGUUGUCACGAUACUUCCGUCGCCCCAGGGAUUCCUUUGUGCCGGGCACUCUUCCUCUACGUUGUGUGUCCAUCCAGCGACCGAAUAACAUUUCUCAAGGAGCAUCCUGCGAGUUAAUUGCACCGACGUCGUCUCAAACGAAACAGUCCGCAUUAGCUAGGCUGACAUUUCGAAUUUAUCUCAGACCAUCGAAGAAAGAGGAUUGGGCAUGCGCUUCGUCGUCCGCCGCAUAAAUUCAUUGUUGCUGCCCUGGAUCCGGCGUUAUUGAUCACCUGCAGAUGUAAAAAACUAGGAUCGACUAAAAACUGGCUCGACACAGUUCAGCAAGACGUGGAACUGAUGUUUUGAUCUUUUGUAUUCGGCCUCCGUCUCUGGGUGACAGAAUGAGUCGAGUUCUCCGGACACACCGCAUGAGAUCCUCACGUGUUUAGAGGUACCAUUCGCGACAUUAUCGAAGCUCUCUAAGUCGGCUAUGGCAUAGCUUUAUUAAGUAGUGAUGAAAACUUAUUCGAGCCUAGCGCCGAUCAUGGCUAACCAACCCAGUCGGCAAAGCGUCCAUUUAUGCGUGACGAUUGGCAGUAGAGGGUCUAGCCAAAAGCCCAUACACGCGUGUUUCGCCGAUAUUCUGCUCCUGCAUAGCGCAGCUGCGACGGGUUCGGCUCUUCAGUGGGUCCCGCAGCAUUCCCCAUGUGUUUUCUGGUAUAUACAGCAGUUUAUAAAUUGUCGCUUUCUAAUUUCCUCAGAAAUUUUCUACGAAGUUAGAGUAGAUCAGUUUAUUUAAGGUCUAUAUGCUCAGACCAAGAAUUUUGUGUAUGAAUAUUUUGGUCAAAGUCCAUCAGCCUCAGCGCGUAACCGCGUAAUAUUCAUUAAUAUGACUGGCUGACGACGGCUUAUAAGCCAGAAAUGGCCAUCCCAGUCUCCCAUAUCCUUGUCGGUAUCAAUCCAUCUACAGCUCCCAGCACCCGAGGCUCGAACUCGCGACCUGUUAGUCAGAAGUCCACGCCUUUAACCACUAAGCCACGAGCUCGUUGUCCUGGGUAUGACUGUCUGACGACGGCUAAUAAGCUAGAAAUGGCCAUUCCAGUUCCCCUUGUCUUUUUCGGUAAUACCAUUCUGCCUAUAUAUCAUGCGCCGCUGUGCGGCUGCUGAUUGGGCUCGAGAGAGAGAGCCCUUAAGGCACAACGGAACGAGUAAGUUCCGUAUGAACGAUCGGUGAGCGCCCCCUACCAUUGUAUAUUCCCAAUCGAAAAACGACAGGGCAACGGGCUCGUGGCCCGGUGGGUAGAGGCGUGGACUUCUAAACCAACAGGUCGUGAGUUCGAGGCUCGGGUGUUUCACACUUCGGGCUUGGGUAUGGCUGGCUGACGACAGCUAAUAAGCCAGAAAUGGCUACCCCAGUCUCCCUUGUCUUUGUCGGUAAUACCAUUCUGCCUACAUUCAUUAACUGUCGACAGGCAGCUAGUAGUAUACUUUAGUGUAAGGUGAUACGCGGUUACCCGCUGUGGCUGAUGGACUUUGGCCCAAAUAUUCAUACAUCAAAAUUCACGGUCUGUGCCUAUAGACCUUGAAUAAACUGAUCUACUCCCACUUCGUAGAUACUUUUUCAGGAAAUUAAAAAGCGACAGCAGAGAGUCUGUCAGGUCCUACUCGCGCUGUCCAUCCAUAACCAAGAGUGAGCAGCAUGGGUAAGAAGACAGUCUUGAAACCUUGAUGGACUACGCAGAGCUAUGUGUUUUGUUUGGCGUCACCGGUAUUGGAGGGCUAACAAUAAGUUAUGGACUGGUGACAAUGUAAUCCUUGCUCUGUUCCAUAGGGAGAAAUCUGGUCCCAAUAUAUCAUUAGCAACCUCCCCUGUUAACCUCAUACUGCGUUGACGCAGUCGAUAUGAGCUGAAUGCCCUUUACAUGCAAGUUGACCGCAGAACCUCCCCUAUUUCCUUUCAGGGUUCAUUCGGUAACACAGCUCGCGGAAAGGGGUGACAGCGUGUAUUCUUGACCAACGCUUAGCGGAAUACAAAGCCAUCUUUAGAGCCAGUGUUUUGUGAAGAUCGUGGUUACACUUGAGAUGAUGACAGGGUUUUAUCACAGUCGCGGUCAUGUGCUCGGGCAUCUUGCACCGCCGCAGAAUGUCAUGUUGACAUGCAAUUUCCUCGACCGGUUCACCCAUUUGCGACUAAGGGAAUCUGUCUCCGUUAGCAUUCAUGCGAUGCAGCAUCAACGCCAGAUGUGCACCUUGGGUGGCACCCAAGCCGCCUCCUUCUUAUGCGAAGGACCCGUCUGCGUGUGGGACGCGUAAACGAGUCGUUUGACUUUGUCAGUCACUUCCCAUCGUCUUGACUUUGUUUUUGGUAUCGUUACAAGGUUGAUGAGGUACGAGAGCGUGCGUUAGAUAGCGCGCGCAAGUCUGUCUCAAUAAACUACUUCACGCUCAAGUCACUGCUUCUGCGCCGUCUCCUUGUGGAAUCUCGUGGACUUCGUCGUUUGCGAUGGUCGCUAUGUCAUGUGCUGGCCCUCGUGAAUUGGAAUAAAGUUUGCCUGUUUAUAGAUGUUUGAAGACUUAUCACCAUCGUGUCACCACCGAAAUACAAUGGUGGUCGGCUGAUCUAACUCCCCAGCAGUAAUCAGAUAAUCUCAUCCGGUCCUGGCUAUUUAUGCGUUCCCAAUUUCCCAAUAUUUAACCCUAACCUCGAUCUCGUAAACUUAAGGGUGCCCGCCCCUGACAGGUGGUAGCCAAUGCGGACUGUAAGAAAUCGAACAGAGGUAGUCUACCUUUAGACAGUUAUUUUCACUGCUAUUUUUCUGCUCUGUUAACGUGAUCAAAUCGGUUAGCAAAUGCGGGCUGAAAGAACUUGAGCAGAACGAGGUUUCCUCUAAGCGGUGAUUUGCACUGUUACUUUUCUGCCCUCUCAAGGUGGUGAAAUUUCGUUGGAGUGACCCAGAAUCACAAACCGUAGUAUUUGUUAGAUUGGUUAGACUCCUUUAGACCGGCUUAGUGUCACCCGCCCUUGUAUUUGUAUCAUACCAUAAACCCACCUUGAAUCCCAACACUAACGCUAAAUUUAGCAGCAAACAUGGCUUUUAGUUUGCCACCAAACCAUAAACCCUACACUAGCACUAGCUCUGACCCCAAACUAAAUUCGUACUUUAGCCCCAACCAUAACCUCUGCUCUAACUGUAACCAAUGCAGGCAGAGGUUAGGCGUGCUUUAGGCGGGUGCGUGUGUGUCUCCGAGCCAACCUUACCGUCGAAUGCUCUUGACGGUGUAGGCAUGUGGCCUUUUAGUUUUCUGUAGAACAUCAACAAGGGCACUGUGUUCGUGGGGCGUUCGCACCUCUAAAUUAACACAACAUCUUCUGUGACUUUUGUCAGCCAAAAACCUCCUUUUGUAGUUGGUCUUUAAGAUCGUAUUUCCCAACAUACGCUUUUUGGCUGGUCUUUUUCGGUGUUUUCCCGAAGGAUCACGCGUAUUACCGUGGUUCCCAUAUUGGAGGCCUCUGGGCUUCCCCAUUUGCUAGUGCGGCCGCGUUUCGGAGCCUUGCCCCUACAGUGAUAUCAAAAUUGGUUUCACUGAACUUGCAUAGUCGUCCGGUCUAUUGUUCUCCUGCCUGUUACAAGAAUUUAACAAUCGAGAAGACAUCUAUGUCUUGUUUCUCACUGAUGCUCCAUCCUCACUUCCUCGCCCAAAAGAAGGUCGAUCAGUUGCCGUUAGCUAUUGACUUUUUUGUCUUUGAUAUUUAGGCACAGAAACAUUUGUUAUGUCUGCCUAAACUCAGUUCGGGUGUUCCAAGGUCAAUAACUGUCAGAUCAGGUUUUACUCUGUGUUUCGUGACGGAGGUUAGCAAGCCUAAAUCUCGAGUUUUAAGACAGUUGUUUAGGGUCUGCCAGAUUACACGGAGUGUCAUUUCUGAAUGGAAUAGGCUUAUUAAAAUCCCGCUCAGGCGCUGUCAGUUGCCUUAGAACAAAGAAAAAAACUUGAAACAGACCUAUCCAUUUUGAGUGUACAUUGACUCUAUUUGUUUUUGGCGUCUGCUUAAUCAAUAGAGCUCUAGUUUGGAGUUUAAUUUAAAUCUAAAGACUUAAAUUCCGGGGCAUAACCAAAUCGAAAAUUAUAAGAAACGAUGUACGGCAUAGGGAUUUAAGUUGGGUAGUUUUGGGUCACAAAUAUUUCGCCUUUCUUGGAACUUGUAGAACUUCGGUUUCUCCUUGUUAUCAUUUCUUCUGCUGUUGGCCAUCGAGAAUCCAUAACUCCUAUUAGAUCGAUAUCUGGGAAACCAAAAACCCUACCAGUUUGAAUACGUGAAAGCGAAUUUAGUAUGCACGGCCGCCUCCCCGGGUCACUGUCACAGAAGACUUCCCAACUAAGGGUGUUCCGUUUUGGGAUUUUUCUGGUCUUCUACUCUUCUACUACUCAACAGUCAUCAUCAUCCUCAUCCCCAUCCUCCUCCUCCUCCUCCUCCUCCUCCUCCUCCUCCUCAUCAUCAUCAUCAUCAUCAUCAUCAUCAAACACACGUGAUGAAAUUGCAGCAGUUAACGACACGAAUGUCGGCCAUCAAGCAGUAAUCACACCAAGUGCAACGAUCCCUGCUGAAGUGGAGGAGCCGUGAAUAUUCAUAGGUAUGCGGUAGCAUGGCGACUGCACCCUAUAAAUGCUGAAGUCCUUUGUACAUGAACCACCCGUAUCUGCUAUUGUCUCCGAUGGUGGAUUCGUGCAGGAAUCUGAAACAUUAGGCGACUAAAGCUCUUGUCCCCUCGAUCGUGUCUCCUUCUUCACAAGUCCUCAUUCUCUUUGGAUUUAUGCUUUUCGGCUGCAGUUGCUAUGCUAUCUCUUUUAGUUUUGUUCUCGAUGCUACCUUCACUCGCGUAAAUCUGUUAAUCACUGUGAUCCGCCCGUAUGUUCACCCACGGUGCGUUUACAGAGAAGCUGUUCGACCCCAGCUUCGGUCAGAUAGUUCGAUUCGUCACGACAGCUAAAACCUCGACUGGGAUUUUUCUUCCUCCCUGCUAGCAAACCGUCUCUUAUGGCUUUCUGUCGGAUGAUGUGUUCUGUUAGAACGAAAAUCCAUUCCAUCUAUGACAUGCAAUAAAAAAAUAAAAACAAAUCACACUCAUAGGCAUAUUUAACCGACGCAUGACUAAAUGACGUCCCGAAUGAUUUUAUAGAAUACCCCGUGAGGGUCAAUUUUUUCAUUGAAAUCAAUGAAGGCAGAACGAGUUUCUCGCGCAACAAAACAGCAUCGACUUGAACCGAAUUUAUUUUUCAUGCCGUUAUGUUUUUUACGCCCGCCGACCCCCGCUUAGCGUGUUUUCAUGAAAUGGGGAAUUUACGAUUUUUGAAAGUUUCUGGUUUACUAUUUCAACCACUGAGAUGGGCUCGUUAAAACGGUAUUCAAGGUCAUUUUGGGGUGACGUUUACCUACCAAAUGUGACCGCAUGAGAGCUGAUCAAAGCGCUCGCUCCAUCCCAAGAUCACUUCUCUCUUGUGCUUGGGGCAUGAGACAAGACCAUUCUAAAGGGAUAUGUCUUAGGCGAGUAAACCGCUCGGCAGUGCACUUGUUUUAGCCGUUCAAUUCUUACAUAGGAGGUUUUUGUAGGACGAGAUAUUGCUGUUUCUGCUAGAGACCCCACUUUGUGACCUCAAUUUUAACUGCAUGCUACGACCGGAAGAAAUACCUGUGUCCUCUGGCGGCCUGUAGGUAUAUUUCAACUUAUCUUCGUUUCAUUGUGAUUUCCAUUUUUCUAUGCUCAUCUACAGGAUGCUGGAAACCGUGUUGGAGACGCGACCGCUACGCGAAGGUGUCUCUACUGCCCUCCAUCCCACCGACUGCGCAAUCCGUAAUGGGACCCAGUCAGAAAACGCAACCUCACACCUCCGUCCAAACCUGAAACGUGAUCUGGAACCUGCCCUCGGUCCCCUGGGCGGUAUUCAACCGGUACUCUACCUUCUCGGCGCGGUAUGUUUGAGUGAUCAGUCGCUGAUAUCCCACUCUUUAGCCUCCAUCUCCUGGAAGUUUGCACAAACCAUAUCGACCUGAGCAAAGCUGAUUAAACUAUGCACCGAGAUGCUCGUUCUACGCUGAACAAUUAUCAAUCUAGACAUUCAUUUGGGAUGGCAGUCAGCACAUCGCAGGAUAUGGAGAGCAACUAAUGAUAAUAAUAACUGUACUUAAUGCCAGUUUACAGGCACUGUCAAAAGGAUAAAGCACGGACCGAGCUUACAAAGAAAAAAAGUCCUGUUUGAUGUUUUCAUAGUUUGGAUGGUUCGGGAGAACAAAAAACUGCUGUCCUUAAAAUGAAGUCAGUCCAGAAAGGGAUGGGUAAAGCUGCCUCGAAAAAUGUUUGACGAUGAAUACGGGUACACUGCAAUAACUAUUUCUGCCUCACAUGCCGUUAUCAGCCAUUGAUACCCAAAUUCCGGCCUGUACACACGCUAUUCGAAUCCCGAGCCAGUUUAUUAUCGAGUCCCGCUCUCAUUACUAACCAGUCCCCCACACCUUCCAGUAAUGAGUGACAGUGAAUAUCUGUUUUCGAAUACGAUCAGUAAAACAGAGUACUUAUUUGCGUUGAGUGGCCAGCAAAUUUGUCUCAGCCGUUUCUUCCACUACCUCUGGACUUCAGCUUAGUUCCGACCUUUGAGCAAUAGAGCUCUUACGGCUCAAGGACGGUUUUCUUUCGCAUUGCCAGAGCUGAAGGGAAAAUCUCUUCUCAUUAAUCUGUUCUUUUUUCAGAAAUUUUGCGAAUCCAUUGUUAAGAUCCUGUCAUCGGGGGGGGGGGGGGGUUGGAAUGGUUUAAGAACCCCACCGAGCGCUGAAACGAAGUAAUUAUGCUCGCCAUAGGUCUUCACUACAUAAGGCUACAACCACACAUAAUGACCGAUCGCAAGGCAAAAUUAUAUUUCGGCCUCCACUCCCGCAACAGUUCAUCAUUAGGGUCCUUUCACUCGCAGUUAAGGGUAGUCUGAAUGCCUUUCCCUCGGAUAUUUCGGUAUUUUCCGAACUUCCCUAGGGGGCGACUCACUCAAAACAUUUGUUUUCAAUGCACCUCAGAUUUCCUAGCCAAACUGUUUUUUUCCAUUUUCCAGCUCAUAUGCAAAGAAGACGUCGCUUCCUGUUCUCCCAGUACCAUUGCAGCUGCAUUUGACCUUCUGCUCUCCCUGAUUCGGCACUCGGCCUCGGCUGCCGUCCAAUUCUACCGACCUCUGGCUUCUGACCGGCUCGGGCUCCGCGCGUCCAAACCCGCGUCUCCUACCGAACAGUGCGACCAUCCCGAAGCCGACCGCCUAAUUCUGCGCAGCCUCGGCUGUCACCUUCUCGCCUCCCUCUUUUCCCAACUUGCCUCGGCACCGUUUGUCAUCUCAAAUCGGCUGGCUGAGGUUCCCUGAACUCUCUGUAUUCUGCAUUGUUAAAGAAGCUCUGAUUACCCCCCCCCCUCUCUACCUCUCAGUGGCAGUUAAGCUUAGCAGUAUGGCAGCGAAAAGGCGAGUUCGAUUGAGUAAUUCAGAAGAAGAAGAAGAUGCGGUCCCUGGAACAAGAAGUAUGCUGGCCUGCCACUUCGCGAUCGCACUCGAACCCUUCAUCAGCGACAGUCGCAGGUACGGGUGAUGGGGCACAAGGAGUGCAAUAUUUAUGGGCCGCCGUAGCCAUGCCACCACAGGCCUAGUUUAUUUAAAAGCAUCCGUGUUCAUCUCCGGGAGCGGUUUGUAUUUGAUGCGAGGACUACCUGGUAGUCUGCACACGAGUUGUUAAUGAUGAUGAUUUUUCUACCGUUGUUGAUUCUUGAAUGAUGAUUACUUGGUCAUUUGAUUCAGUUGCCGGAACUAUUGGUAUCCCGCACUCCCCGCGUGCUUCAUUACUCUGGCCAAGCAAGGUCUCGGGGCGGAAUAUUUUAGGUGGGAAGUCACUUCGCUUGUUACUUGUCUAUUACCCGGAGAGCCAUGUGUCAAGCAAAUUGUGGAUCGCGUGGUUGUCACCUCUUUCGGGAUUUUCAGUCUUGUCAUUCUUGAAGAUGUGGCCGGCAUCUGCGUCUUUUACGUACUGCACUCCUUGUGUCCCAUAACCGUUACCUUUGAUGAUGGGUUCGAUUGGGAAUCUGAAACGUCAGACCAAAGAACUUCCAAUUUCAACGAUCGAAUCUUUUACUCGUUGACAGUAUACUCGGAGCAUAGGCACAUACACUAGUAGUCAGAGCCCCUUCCUCGGUCCCUCUUUUGAGUCAUUACUGACCUUCAUCUACGCUUCAUUUAAGGCAAGACCCAUCUUUGGGAGUAACUCCUCGCUGCAUCUAUGCAGCGCCUUGCAGCACUUGGUCUUCCCUCGUGCUCUUCCCAUCCACCCUCCUUGAUUUCUCGCCUGCUUAUCCCCUCUUGCAAUUUCUUUGCUGAAAGAGUAGAUAUCAUUUUAAAAGCGUGAAGAUUAAAGAUCGAACAUGCGUGUUCGCUCAGACAACUUGUUUACUGUCGCCACGCCAUUAUGGCCCGCCCUAGAACGAUUUCAGAUUACUUUUAUUCCAUGAGGCCAACUGUUUAAUUAAUUAAAGCACUUACUUUUCACAUCUUUCUCCCCGCACAUGAAAUUCAAAAGAUUUUGUCACAGCGUCUGCUGGCAAUUAGAAGCCAUCCUUAUUAAGCGCCUUUUUACGGUAUUCAGACAUCUUGAGGGUCCUGUGUACGAAAUGCAACUUUAUGGAAUAUUUCCAGAAGUCAUCGUGUUUUCGGCGUCUUGCGGACUAAAUGUCGGUUGGUCGUCCGAAAAUGAACACGCCCAGCUUUUUUCUUCUCUCCGGGCAAAAAAAAGUCUUAGUGAGGCGAGCGCAUUGCAGCGAGCUAGGUGUUGGAAUUGCAAACCGCCCCAAAGCCACCAUGUGCAAUAGGGCCAUGAAAAUCAAAGACCGGCUAAAGCCUGAAGAGCAAUCUGGAGUAUUGUAUCGCAUUCCGUGUCAAAAUUGUCCUUGUAACUACACAGGACAGACUGGACGCAUGCUCGGAUAGCGCAUACACGAACAUAAGCUGGCUGUGCGACGAGGCGACGCAUUAUCACAAGUGGCCACUCACACCUACGAAAUGGGUCAAGAGUUUAACUUCGCAGCCACCAAAAUAGUCGCCCACGCCGGAAACAAAACAGGCCGAGAAUUGAUUGAAGCCUGGGCCUCGGAUGAGAACUCGGUCAAUCGAUUUAUUGAUAUGGUGCCAGCGUACAGAACCCUGCGUACUCACCUCCAGUCUUGCGCCAUCGGUCGAUGAUUGGGCCUACGUGCCUUAUAACUGCCGCCUAUCUUGUUUCUGCCACUACCUCUGACGAUGGACUCCUGUACGAGUCUGAAAGACCAGAACAAUAAACACAGUGUUCCGGUGCUCGAAUCUUCACUUAUUCUAUUAUAUUAUUUAAUUAUACAGUGGUAAGACAGAGAGAGAGAGAGAGAGCUCUUCGUCAUCAUUUUCUGCUCGUUCCCCACCACCUUAUUUACAGGUCCUCCUGGGGCAUGUCUUCCUCAGGCUGCAGCCCUGUCCCGAACCCGUAGGCAGCUACCUCCUCUGUGAUCCGGAUCUCCUGAAGUGUCUGCUUUUCUUCCCGCCAACCACUCUGGUCUCGUCUUCCACCGCAGUCGAAGCAUCCGCUCAUUUGAUGCCCUUACUGAUUAACCGUCUCGCCUCCUCCCUCUCCGUCGGCGAGUUAACCGCGUCGACAGAGAAUUCACGAUUGUCUGGGAACCUCCACCAGAGAUUACUCUCCGUCAAUGUGGCUACUAUGAAUCGGUUUCGCAUUGUUGAGUCGGUUGUUAAUAGUUUUCGGGUGAGUCGCCUCCCAUCGCAUUCAAAAUGCCGAGACUAGAUGCUGAUUUAUUUGACUAAUAUCAACUUCAUUUCAAUAAACCGUAGAGAUGUCGACGUGAGUGUCAUUAAGUUUACCAGGCGACAGACUGACAGUCAGUGUCGUCCCUCCUCGCUGCUAUCAUGACUUGGCCGAAUUCGGCCUGGUAAUUGGUUGCCUGUUUGUGACCUUUGCCACCCAUGUGGAGCUUGUUUACUUAGUGAAUCCAAUAGAUCGGUGUGCGCCCAUUCCUGAUUGAAUAAAUACCCGAUCUGCAGCGACAGAGAAUGACAGGUGGCGAGGCACUGAUGAACUUCGGUUCGACUGGUAGACCCCAGUGGUGGAUCAACUGCGCCAGGUGCGUCUGUGCGCAGGUUUGUGUUUCUGGUCCCAGCUGCUGGUAGUCAGGGUUAUGAUUGGCUGAGUGAAGGCACAAUAAGCCCGAAACAGUGCUGUAUUAAUCUACCGGCAUUCACUGUCGUCCCUCCUCGCUGCUGACAGUCAGGGUGCUUAUUUUUACUCUAUGUGCACAUGUUGAAAAAAUACAUUUAAAGACUUGAAACUUGCUGGAAAUUCAUCAAUUUUUGAUGAUUUCUGUGAUUUUUUACAAUCAUCCAACCCUUAUUGACCUCGGAGACUCAGGGAGCCCUUGCCUGAGGGUUUGCCUGUUCGGAAGACAUGAUUCACGCUGAUGACUGCGGGCUAGACCGAGAAAAACACCCCUUUUCUAUGUUUGAUAGUACUUGGCGUAGCCUCACCGAGCUUAAAUGACUUGUUUGCUCAUGCGCCCACUGGACGCGGCAGAAGUAGGUUUAGUCCUGGUCUCUCGGACGAAGUGUUGACCCGCAGUUCAGUGGAAUUGCGGCGGUAUUUAGCUAGUCGCACUUGAAUUCACCGGCCAUGUCUUCCCGGCCUCUACCCGACUGUUUGUUUGACUGGCCAGUGAGGGCAUAGUGGCCGGAGAGGCCGUUCUGGUCUCCCUUUUGCCUGUUAGUUCGCUUACUGCCGUCUCAUGGUGAGCAAAGUAACGGGCCACACCUUGAGCUUCAUCGAUUGCAGGACAAAAUAUCACGAAGGUCCAGCCAGCUUUGACAAUGGUGCACUUUUCAGGUGCCUGUUGGAUUCCAGUGCACUUGAUUCGGGCAAAAUCGUCUCCAUUCGGCAAUUGUCGUUUGUUUAGUGGGAAUAACUGUUAACAAUAACGCUGCACGAGUCUGAUUACCCAAUAUUCCAGCAACGAGAUCGGUGCGCAGUGCAGAAGUCGGCGGCAUUUAUGCCCCCCUUCUGCCCGUCGGAAAGCUCACCCCCGAACUAAAAACUCGAAAUGACCACCGGGUAAAAAGAGCCGAAGCUGUUUUAGCGCAUUCUCUUCCGUUAGCCUCGGAAGCUUGUCGCUGCUACUUCUGCUUCGAACGCGACACCCUACAGAGGCAAACACGGUCAGGCCUACCUUGACAUAGUUCUUGAAGAUCGUAGAUUGGUUCUGUGUCUUGGUACCCGAUUUCAUCGCUAUGGCGGAGGGCGACGUGGCCUGUCGCAACACACAGCUGCACUACUUACCUCUGUCGUGUCAGUUGUGGACACUUAUGCUCCUUUUUCGCCUCCUGGGCUGCUUUCGCUCACGACUUCACGGCCGUUGUUUUACAGAUCCACUUUGCUAACUGCGGGACGAUCUCUGCUGACAACAGUCGGUUGAGUGUUACCUGGCUGGAGGCACUUGCCAGACUCUUCUCACACCGUCUGCGUCUCGCAGCUAUGUCAGAACUCGCCGAGACUGUGGAAUGCCUGCAACGCACACUGGUUGCUGUCGACCCAGACCUCUACUACUCAGCCUUCAGUCGUGCCUUUGGGGCCGGUCUGUCAACCGCAGGCACCCUUCAGCGACGCUCUACACUCCUCAACAACUCCCCAUCCGACCACUGCUGCCCGUCGGAUCUCGCUACGCUUGCUCAGACCAUCGCCUCGUCCGUGCUUGCUCUGCUCCCCUCUCGUCGUCGUAAUUCUGCGCCGGUUGGAUCGGUGGGCUCAACACCAGCACGUGAGUUUAUGCUUUUUUCUAUUUCCGACUUGAUAACUCUGUGCAUCCAGAAGUCCUUUUCAUCGCCUUCAACCUACUCUGUGUUUUAGCUGAUCCAUCAGAGAAAGGUAAUUGUGUUCGACCCCCGGAAGACGGUGUGGAAGCAGUAGAGACGCAGGGUGCUGGUCAAAAUUCUUCGGAAUUGCACGAAGUGAAGGCAGAGCAGACGGCCAGCCCGACAGCCGGAGCACAGAAGCCCCGAAUUGUCACUGACUGGCUGAGACUGGAACCGGCUCUCAGCUUAGAGGGAGCAAGCAAGGCGGAGGAGACCGCUAUAGCCAAGUUUCAGGCCGAACUUCGAAGCGGCACGGAGAGCGAGACGUCUGGGGGUGGAGUGACAAGUCUGCUCACUUCAGCCCAUCAGUCCAAUCUGGCACCCUGCCAUCUGUCUGUCAACAAUCUCUUCGCGCUCAGCGGACGUUCUGGCUCCUGCCAUAGUCUGAUUACCGCGGUCUGCCAUGACGACAACGUCCUUCUGCUCCGUCGCGCCUCUCCAGCCGACGACUCCUCGUUCCCGCGUUGUCGUAGCCUGCCACGGCUCGAUCUGUGUGUUGAAGAGGACUCCGUUGACCAUGGGUCAACUCAGCCGGAACAGUCGCCCCUUCAGCCAGGUUCGCUGUCUCCUUUUUACAUCUCGUAGUGGGCAUUUUAUAAUUCAGUUUAUUGUAAGUAGGGCAAGGAUAUGUUAUGUAACCCCUUGGGAAAAUCAUCGUUAGCUAUGGCCCUAACGGCAAUCAUGACCAUGUCUGUAAUGGGUGACCCUAACCCUUAACGCGUAAGCAUUUAAGGAAAACUCGAGCGUAACCGCAACCUUAACCCUAGGCCUCAAAUUCCUGAUUCAAACCCCAAAACCCUGGCAUAAAUUCCUAACCCUAAUUUUAGACCCCAACCCUUGCCUCAACCGCGAAUUCAGACCAUAUCCCGGGUCCGACAACCUCAGCCCUAGGAAUAACCCAAUUCUUAAUGCCUAUCCUAACUGCAGCAGUAUCCCUAACCUUGAGCUCGAUCCGAGCAAUUUUGACAUCGAAAGCGUUAGUGAAGAUCAAAAUCCGCGUACCGAAUGACCCCUUCACCGAGCUUUUGCCAGGUAAACCGUUACGAACCACAGAAUAGUAUGACCGACAAAGAUAGGGGAAACUGGAGUGCCCAUUUCUGGUUUAUUAGCCGUCGUCAGUCAGUCAUACCCACUCCCGAAGUGUGGAACACCUGCGGCUCGAUCCCGCAGCGUGUGGGUUAGAAGUCCAACGUCUUAACCACUGAGCCACGGACUCGCUGUCUUGUUUGUUUCGAUCGGGUAUAUUCACAAUGAUAGAGGGGACGCUCACCGAUCGCGCUACGGAACACACUCGUCCUGUUGUGCUUGGGGGCCAGACCACACCUACCUGGAUAUGAUAAGUAAGUGAAUGUUUGAAAAAUCACCCAGUUGGUCCUUACCGCGAGCACUGCAAGCACAAUGCUCCAUAAAUGUAUCGCGAACGCCUAAGUACACGAAGGAUUAGGUAGGCGUCAGCAUAGUACAUCUUAGGAGCGGUAGUUGAUGGACUAAAAUGUGCGUUGUUGACAGGUAGAUCCUGCAGAUAGUGUAUAGACGCCACCAUAGACUGAGAACAGUUUUUGUUUUUCUUCCCUAUCUUAGCUUUGUCUUAAGAGCUUACAAAACCUCUCUAACUGUGUCUUUUUUCAUUAUUACCAUAAGUUUCUCCACAUGCGUAAACCUUAGCUGUGGCCCGCGCGUGUACAACUCCACAAACACGUCCACGGCUGGUUGAAAUGACCUUUGCCCUCCCGCACAUGCCAGCGAGGACAAAGGAACUGAAAGUUUGAUCGCUGCUUACCAUACUACAUUCGUUUACCUCAUUGUAAGGGUUGAAUAUGUAAGUCGAUUGAGGAAACAGCGCACAGGGACUCCCGAAACAUGGGAAAUGUGUCUAUAAGAGUUUUACCCAUACUGCAGACGGACACGGCAAUUAACGCUAUCUUCAGAAAGUAUUGAGGGAACCCGCCUUUUUGCCGAAUGUGUGUUUUAUUACUCCAAUGAUGCGCCAGAACAGACUUCGAAAUUUAAACGAUGCGAUCUAGAGUCGCGUAAACGGGCGGAAAACAGGUUAUUAAAGGUUCUUGGUUGAAGAACGCCGAAUUGGGUCAGACGGUGUGUGGCAGACAAGUUCAAAUCCAACUUUAACCCUGAACCCUAUUUUUAAUCCACCUAACCUUAUUCCUAGUCCUAAAUCUAACCAUUUUCCCCGGCUUACAAACGCAACCGCAAUACAACGGACCUACCGAAAUCAAAUAAGUAGACCCGUUAUGGUAAUCGAAAUACAGACUUACACAUUCCAUCCUUGCUGACUUCGUUAUGCGUCAAUUCUCUGAAUAUAAUAUUACCACAGUUGCACAAGCAGCACCGAGUCCACCUCCUGAAAUACAAGGCUGCUCGUCGCCCGGAAUCUGCUUUCUCCUUCGUGUUGGUUUCCCAAGCGUCCUUCCUAAUCUUUAGUUAGCUUGCCAAUUUUCGUUGAAGGCAAUGCCUUUACUGUGGAGUAUAGUAUCUACUCUUCUCCGUAGCUCAGGAGCUGAGAUCCCAUUUGGUGGUAUUUUACGCAUUACCUUCAUGAUAUUAGUAGUCCGGACUUAGUUGUCGUGUUAACGGCGCUGAACUCAUCUCCAGCCUAUUAUGUGAGGUUUUUUUUUAUCGUCCUGUUUAUGAGCCGUCGCAUCUCGUCCGCUUUUAGAAAUAGACGAAGUUUCACACUUUUUGAGGCAUGAAAAAGAAUCAGGCCGGUAGAACGUGUGAGUUGAAUUGACUUCAUGGACCAGGUUCUUAUAUGCACUUUAAAAAUUUAACAGCAGCUAUCGCUUUAACAACUUAUGUCAAGCUCAUACCUACAGCGCCAUUCUUUUAUUUUCACCGAAACUCUCCUGCUCAUUUCUUUCAUCUCGCAGAUGCGGAAGCUGAUUCCAAAGACGCAGAUGCUCUGCCACUGCGCAGUAAACCAACCGGUCCCACGAGGAUAAAUCCCGCACUCAUCGAGUCGCCUGCCACCGUCGCCGCCGCCGUCCCUCCCGACUCCGACACACCGCUGAGUCUGAAGCAAAACCGGCUCUUAUCGGACGCCCUGUUAUCCGCCUUAGAGGCGUUUUGGUCCUCGCAUUUGAAGAUCGCUGGUCGUACCCCUGCCCUCGAAGUGGAUUUGGACCAGCAGGCUCAGUUGGCACCACCGAUUUGGUUUAUCUACCACCUGGCUGGGCAUCCUUGUUGUCGUUUUCGGGAAUGCGUAAGUCAGCCUCCUGUAGACAUUUACGAAAUGGUUUUUAAUGCACUAUAGCAUGUCCGUUCUGAUAUGCGUGCCUUUAAGCGUAACGGCACUGAGGUACCCGGCUUCACCACCGGUACCUUAUGAUAUCGCCAUCUGAACCGAUUCCUUCUUUUAGUAAAUUUCCCAACUCCGCCGCCAGCGGCAUUACCGCGGUAACACCUCGAUUUCUGGAUUGCUAGGAGAAAUAAUUUGAUGCAGUGGUUGAGGGAAACUCUGGACGUGUCACCGCGGCGCGAUUUUUAUCCGUGCUUGGUGUUGUCUGUGUCACAUAACUACCCAUACUUUGCAAUAGCGUCGUUUGAGCUACCAUCGUAUACGACAAUUCGAUCGUCCUGUCUGACGAUGUCCACCGUGCGCUCCGUGAGGUAGACACAGUGACUUGCGCGUGAGGGUGAACUUGUGCUGCAUUUACCACAAUCUCUUUUCCCCACCUGAGCCUGGUGUUGAGACCGAAGGGGGGAGUGGGCGCAGGUAGCUGGCACGGCCGAACCUGCACCUUGACGCUCCACUUCACACCCCCUGGUCCACAACAUACAUUCGACCAGGAUUUUAGCCUGCAACAACAGCACCACAACGGGUCAGAAAGACGGCGAGGAUGACUGGGCGUCCCUACUCACGAUCUUUAUGCCCAGCGGGAGCGGAAGCGCACUUACCGGCAGGGAAUCAGGUGCCAGAGAGCUACCCGCGUGCACCAGGCUGCGAGGACCUUGGUUUGCUGAGUCGUGGCAUAGCAGACGCAUUCAGACCCUAGGCCCACUGUCUUAUACACACACGAGAAAGUAUAGGUUGUGGCUGAUUGCCUUCUAACUUUUUUUCGACUUCUGCGGUCGUUCGUACUGAUUAUCGUUUCCGUGAUGCCGGGAGAUUAAUUAAGAAUCCGUCAUCACUGAUCGUUCGCGGAGCCAACAACCAGUGAAUCAUUUUCAUGCUGCGACUACCGCGCUGGCCUCUUUGGGCACGCUCUUUACAAACUUUUAAUUCAUCCCUAUGCCUUAGCCGAUUUCAUCAUUUAGCGAGGAUGUAAGCUAGACAUCAUGAUGGACAAUGGCAGGAGAAGUCAGUUUCGGUAAACAUGCAUCUUCUCUUAAUCAGUGUCAGACUCGUUACAUUAUUAUGCAGUAUGGUUGCAUAGCCAAUGGGCGGGAGAUCCGUAGAGUUUAUUCCGAUCACUGAGUGAUAGAGGGAUGUAACAGAGUUUCCAAACGUCGCGGAAUUCAGCAUGCAAUACAGCCAGGUGAGGUUAGGCUGAAAGUCCCGAUGUAGGAGGAGGGAGAAGAGCGUGGGUUGGCAUAAGGUGAGCACCUGUUGUCGGGCACUCUUUGCCGUCAAAGCAAGACUUAAACAACGAAGUCAUGCUCUCACCUGCACUGCCUACUUAUUUGAAUGAAACUUUGGCAACGACAGGUGGUGUUACCCCACUUCUCAACUAAAUUUAACUGUCUUAUUAUUAUCCAUGUGAGGGACUAUUCACAAGUAAUUUCAAAGAAAUAAAUAAGUCAAGCUUACGCGUUUGACAACAGAAACCGUUAAGAGGUAUCAAGGAAACAGAGCGUUUGCGUUUCAACCGAAGCAAAGCAAACCCGAACGUAGCCGGUGAUCCAUGCAGCACGCAUAGUAUGGUAGGUACCGACAUGGCACAUAAAGAUUUAACUACUCUUCCGGAAGAAAUAGGUAAGUCAUAUUGACCCAACUGUGAAAAACUCGGCGCCUCGGUGGGAUUCGAACCCACGUAGUAAGGAGAAGGCUUUAGUACAGCCAACACUCUAACCACUUCAGCCGAAUAAUUUGGAGCUGGAUCAUUCGCUGCAUUAGCGUUUAGUGAUCUCAAUCUACAAGGUGCAUGCGUUCCGCGUAAAGAGAAUCACAUAUUUUUCUAUGAAAUUAAAGAGAUAUCAUACAGAGCCCAUAAAAAUUUGCAAUGGAUGCGGAUCCUGUUGUACAUUUCAUGAGGAGCAGUGGUAAACGGCCAGGUACGAUGCUAUGUGAAUGGACAUAGCGCGGUCUUAAAAAGUUUCAUAAUUAGAAACUUUUUUAAAACCUAAUUAUACUCUUUCCUUAAAUAUAAAAUAUAAAGAAGGCGUGAUUCUCUAUUGAUUGACUAAAAGAAAGCAUAUUUUUGUUUAUGGUUUCUAUAAAAUAUAUUUGAAUUUCCAAGACCAUCGAAAAUCAAUUGGAAAAAUGCAUGCUACUUAAGUAGUCAUUUUUUACCGAGCAGGCUUUCUACAGGAGAUUGAAAAGAAGUACAUUUAAAAGCCGACAUCCUGCCAAGUCUGAAAUGUUAUAAGAGUAUGUCGCAAGAUAAGCAGUAUUACAACCGCGACCAAGUAAUCCUUCCUAAUCGAAAACGCAUUUCAGAAUUUCAGGCAACAUUUCAUGAGAUAGGUCACUCACUGUACUUUAGAAUAACUAGGAAGUCAGGGUAAGACAAAGGGGUUAUGGGGAGGAGGAGCAAAAGCAAUUGCCAAAUAAUUUAUCACUGAAACCUCAUUCCGAACCAACUCGGUGCAUGCGGUUAUAUCAAAGUGUUAGACAAAACGCGAAGAGAAACUUUCCGUAGCUAUGGAUUAAUAAACAAGGACUUCUGAAAUGAAUAUAGCAGUCACCUAUACAUGCUAAGCCCAGUGGGGUUACACUACCUAUCCUCACCGAAGCUCUUUGCAAUCUUAAGACAGGGACAUAUCAUCCACGAAUGUCUAUGCUCAUUAAUACAUUCUUCACUCAGUAAUAUCUCGCCCGAACCAACAGACCAGCAUGACUUGAAAAACUGACACACACCCUGAGUGUGGACCACUGUGUCACGACCAACGUAGUACUGUGGUUCAUUUGGUGUCGCCCAGCUUUCUAGAUAGUCAUUCGUAGCGGAAUCGGUUCGCUGGGCUCUGAUUGAUGUCCAAGAGCAAACGAGCCCUGUUUUUUGGGCGGUAGGGGUCGCGAAAUCUCUUCCAACUGGCAAACCGACUAUGCAAACGAAUGACCUGACGCUUUCAAAUCUCGCAAUUAAUCUGUGCUACCAACGAGUGAGACGGGGUGACUCGAUCGUCCUCAGAAAUUAGGGCCAGUUCGUAAUGGUUCAUUUUUACUGUGAUCUUUAUGAUAUAUCGCACCUUAGUGUGGUCCCAGAUAUUGAUGUCUCGCCAAUGUGCGUCUAAGAGCAGGCACGUGCGUGAGACGCGCAGGUGGGGCCUUACUUCCCGUCUGCGUCUGGUCUCGCCUCUACGAAGCCUUACUCAAAAUUGUUAGUAACACGCGAUGUGAGAGCUAUGAGAAACUAACGCCACUCGAACGUGUACUGCGUCACUAUAGUAAUUCUGACGAUCAUAAUGGGCCAGUUGUCCUGUCUUGGGGGGGUUUCCAGCUGAGUCGUCGUCCUGCGAACACUGCAUCCAAAUGCAGGGACUUCUCCAUGGUAUCUCCCAGUAUUAAAGGCACUGGGCAGCAGCUGGCCAGUGAAGUGUCGCGUCCCUGCUUUGUCUUAUGUUUUAUAGAAUCAUUCUGUGAAUUAUUUACAAAUGAUUGAGAAUAAAGCCUAGUCCUCCUUAAUUGAAGUGUUAGUGUCGAGCGCUGCGAGGUGUUCAAGGUGUCAUUCUGGCCGCUGACGCCUCUUCCUCCCACCUUUUCGCACACCUUCUGCGCGCUUGAAGCAGAAGCUGCUUUUCGAUCAUCCAUGUGACAGGCCGUUUGUUUAACCAAUGGUCUUUUCUGCCUAGGAGCUUCAUCUGACCUCUCGGGCCAUGUUCGGUGGUUUUAUCAUUCAUGCGACCAUCCUGCGUAAAUAUAGUAUAGGACUUUUCACCAAGUGGUUCAUUAAAUCUAAACAGUGCGAAAUGCAGGGAGUGAGGUGAGCAGUUUGAGAUGAGAAAGCAAAACGUAAAUGCAUGUCCUUGAGAAGGAGCGACCUUGAAAAACGUUUACUUGUCACCCUGACGUUUCGAGAGUCCGCAAGUUUGCAUCUUCAAUGCAGACUUCUGUGGCGCAGCAGGCACAGAGACCGUAAAUGCCUGAGCACUGCCCUCCGCUGCUGAGUCUCCGAGGUCAGCGAUCCGCCAGCAUAUAACUGCGGCCUUCAUAUUCUUUCACGCGCAGCAUCAAUAAGGACUUCGAGGAUGGGGGGCUUGUAAACCUCAGGCACUUCAGAAUAGCGAAGCAUAGAGAAAUUCAGAACCAUUUUUGCCUAACUACUUUAGUGUCGUACUGUUGGCCAUCUAGUGCUCUCACUUGCCUUCCCUCUUCAGGCCCUCUCGCUUUACGACUUGUGGUGUGGAUCUCUGACAGCCGAUCGUCACUCUAUAGCAUUCCUGGAAAGUGUAGGCCGCCAGAUGGCUGGACAGAUUCUCUCGCUCCCGCAGAGUGUCACUCUCCUCCUCCAGGGUGCCGCUCUCGAGGCCAGCGACUGUCCCUUUCAUGAUUGUGAGAAUACCCCCGGUGUUGUCAGUCCUUCCUCUGGCUUCGACGCACCGGAUUCAUCCUCACAACAACCAUCACCAUCGCUACGGUCUCCACCUUUCGACAUGCCAUCGGUGCUGAAACAUCGCCAUCUGAGCUCCUCCCGUCUCAUUGACAAGGCCUUUGGCCUUCUGCCGCUUAACGGCUCUUGCUCCGUGAGCUAUUCCGAUUUUUCCGAUUUUAUUUGUUUUUGUGCCGUUUAGUUGUCAUGCCCGGAGGUCUCGGUUCUCUGUUUUUUUCGAUUUACUGGUUGCGAAGCGCAUUGGAUUGCUACUCAUUCCUACUGUUCCAUCAUAUCUUGAAACCCCACGCACUGUAAAUUGAGUCCCCAAAGCUAUUUUAAUGCGAAAUGGUGAAAUUUCACUUUCACUUUUCAUUUUUGUUCUUCUCCUUUGAGAACUUUUGGGUCGCUGCGGUGGCAUCGGGGUUUCUGCCGGGAGUCUCGUGAAAGUCUUGAAACUUUCAUAAUCUGAUUAAAUGUAGAGUAGCAUUCCAAAAUGUAAAAUCAAGUGCGGUAAAAGAUUUCCAUGAGACCCACGAGUUCAUGUACGGCUAACAUAAAUAUUAACUAACUCCUUGGUUAUAUUAGGUAUUUUGCUACUUUAACCACUAGUCUAAAGAGUGAAUAAUGUGUAUCAUCACCGAUUAAUGUCCCAGUUAUUUGAAUAUUUACUGCGGAAUCCGCCUUGUCCUUUACAGUAGAACGGGGUCAAUCCGUUCCGCCCAAAUUUUCUAACUUGUUUCUAUUAACCUACGCUUAUUACGCCACAUUACCUUCUUCAUGAGUCAAUGUACCUUAAGUAAAGAAGGAGAUUAGUCGAGCAAUGGAAUAACUUGUUUAUUGUUCUGGGCUCUCAAACUCGUGUAGGAGUCUAUCCUCAGAGAUAGUAGCAACAACAGAAUGAUCGACCAUUUUAGGGCGUGCUAGCCAAUCAUCGAUCUAUCGCACAAGACGUGCUUGCACGUCCUAUGAUUGUCACUCGUUCUGUUGUUGCUAAUAUCUCUGACGAUGGACUUCCACAUGAGUUCGAAUAACAAGCAGACUGUUUCAGUGCUCGAUCAGUCAUCUUAUACAUCCAUUCGUCAAAAUACUUUGCUCGAUGAAUGUGAUCUCUCCGUGAACACUCCUUCCCACGGAAAAUUAUGUUGAAAUUUCUGACACAUCCUCUUUCUGCAGCAGGAAUCCGCGGGACUGACUCUGCGUCUCCCGGUGGCUCUGGCGGUGAUCGCAGCUGCCACCGUGGACACCGCCGUUCUCGCCUGGCUGGCUGUCACCCGUCAUUCGGACAGCCGUCUGUGUGAGGCACUGGAACGUCAACUCACCGUCUCUCUGGUCGCCAUCGAGCGCUUUGCCUCCUUCGCUAAGGUAGAUUUCUAUCCACAUGCCUCUCUGCCUCAUGUCUUGUUUGUUCUGCAGAGGUGACGCCUGUUCACGCUAUCCGGGAGGGAGGCGGGAUGGUAGACUAGUGGUGGCGGCAGCCCUCGUGCGAGUAUGUGCCGCGAUUUCAGCAAAUCCUGACGGGUAACUCGCACCUCGCAUUCAGCCCUGUAUAUGUGUGGGGCGGCUGACUGGUGGUCUGAGAGUCAGGUUGCAAUGGCUCCUUCCUAAUGUGGCCUCUGUGGCACCCCCACUGUUUGGGCGGCCCGGUCGCAUGAACCGUCGCCCUUUUUGUUUGUUGCUACAGGCUCUUGACGCGUCAAUCUGGCUCCUGUGGCCUCUGUGACACUCCCACUAUUCCUCUAUUCUCCUUUCUUGGUGUUUACAAUCCUGGUCUGUGUGAGUUUGUGAACCAGAGGGCAUGAUGGUACACUUUGGUGCGGACUUAGCUCAGCUCGUUGUCGAGCACACGGUGGACAUCGUCGGAAACGACGCUCGAACUAUCUGGUGCGCGCUCAUUCGCCUUGCCAUCCACCAGCGUCCUCUCCCAACUCUAGACUUCUUGACUUCGUUGCGACAUCCGGCUCAGAUGUGGGAGGGGGAGAGAGUGUAGUAGAAGAGGUAGGAGCGAUCGCUGGAAAAAGAGCUUUAUUCGUCCGACUUUUUGGAUUCACGCUCGAACCCAGCAUCAGAGACAGUGACAGGAACGGGUGAUUCGUGCCCAGGAAUUUGCAGUAUUUAUAGGAUGCAGUCGCUAUGCUACUACCGCAUACCUAUGAUAAUUAACCGCUCUCCCCUUUAUCGAGAAUUGUUGCCCGCUGGUGCGCUAAUUGUUUGAUGGCCGGCGUGCAAGUUGUGAAUCGCUGAUAUCUCAUCACCCGUGUUGGAUGCUGGCGUAGUGAUUGCUCGGCCAUCUGGCCCACCGGCUUGCGCGCAUUCCGAGUGGCCAGUUACUUUGUCCAGACUAUGCCUCAACACUGAAUAUGAAGUGGCGAUGUCGUUGCAUUUUUUGAUAGACCAGAGUCCCGUGAACCAUGACUCAAGCAACUCGCGCCUCGCGAUCAUCACCCCUUGCGAGAAUUCCGGCCUCAUCGAACUUAAAUGAAGAAGACUUUGACAAUCUGCCUGUCAUUCAUAAAAGGAGCCUGAGUGAAGCAAUGGCAGGUGGAAGUGGGAGUCUGCCAUGCAACGGCGAUUGAGUGAUACGGCCUAUGCCAAAAUGUGUGUUCCUCGACCCACCUUAGCCAAACCAGAUCACUUAACGACCCGGGGGUGGGAGUUCAAAUUGAGCGAACUCUGGAGAGCCGCCGAAGGCACAAUGCCGGCUGACCGGGGAACGCGCAGACCGAGCAAUCAUCACGCCAGCAUCCAACACGGCUGCUGAGAUUUCAGCAAUUAACAACAUGCAUGCCGGCCAUGAGGCAAUUAGCGCACCAGCGGACAACAAUUCUCGAUGAAAGGGAGAGCAGUUAACUAUCAUAGGUAGCGACUGUCUCCCAUAAAUACUACAAAUUCCCGUGCAUGAAUCACCCGUUUCUGUCACUGCCUCUGGUAAUGAGUUCGAGCGAUAAUCCGAAACGUCAGGCGAAUAAAGCGUCGGCCGCUUGCGUCCUAUCCCGCCUCCGGUCUUUUUGCCUGUCAUGACGGCGGGUCCAGGUGGGGGGGGGGGGGGAGAGGAGAUAGUGUGGUAGAUGCUGCGCAAUACUACUAUCACCAUGAGCCAACUCACUGUACCUGCCCUAUCACCCUGCUCUUGAGCACACUGGGGACAUCGUUGCAAACGAGGGUCGAACUGCCGCGUGCAUGUGUGUGUUCUCACUGAUACUGACGCGUAUGCCUUACCGUGUGCGAUUGCCGGGAACCCAAGUCCACUGCCUCCAACGUCACUGUUGUCUGUGACAUGUGUGCCAGGGUCAAACUGACCGCGUCCGUCGCCCAGACACCCUGUUGAAAUUCACUCCUCAUCUGUUCGGGAGUUACCCCCCUCCUCGUAUCUAGCUCCUCUGUUGUUGAGCCUCCCUCACCCCCCCCCCUACAUGGGAUGUGGUUGUGACCUGCGGGAAUUUCUCCCCGUUCGUUAACGAGAUCGGACAAUGUCUGCUACGUAACGUGUGAACAGGUGUAACCCUUGCCAGAAGACGUAUCAGGUAUGCCUAUGUGACAUAGCAUAUGCAUAUGACAUAUUUUAGUCGGUGCCAAACUUCGCCUGUAGCCUAAAACAACCAAAACAUCCCCCUCCAUCAUAUGUCAAGCUUCUCACAAGUGGUGUCAAUGUCCCAUGUAAAUCAGCCAUCUGACUUAAAUGUCCUUUGUGACUUGGAAAAUUGUCCUGACUCGGAAGAUCGUCAGCUGACUGAAUAACUCGGACCUUAUGGCAGUGUUGUAGAGUGACUUUGAGACUGGUAAUCAGGCUACAAUAGCAACCUUUUUAUAUGGCCCUCAUGGGCCUAACGGAUGUGAGUUCCUUACCCCUUCCGACCGCGUCAUGUUUGCUGCAUGUAGACGGACUGUAUCGUUAUUCAAACACUUCGAACGCGUCACCUCCGGUCGCCUUGAUAUUUUCUUGCCGUCGGAGCUUCCUGGGUGAGAUUGAUAUAUACUGCACAGGUCAGAUGCACUAGGAACUAAUUCACGUGCAAGUUAUCGGUGCCACGUUCCCUUCGUGAGACACCGCCGUCUCUUUCGACGGUCAAAUUGUCAUGGAUUAGUUUUCGUUGGUAGUCGGGAGGGCCCUACGCGAGGGUGACGGCGUUGAGUUUGCACCCGGACACCGACUGACCGAUAUCGACUAUGCCGAUGAUAUCGCCUUACUUGCUUCAAGUUUUGGUGAUCUGCAGUCCAUGGUGGUCAAGGGUGAACGAGGUCGCUAAAUUGGUCGGUUUAUGCAUAAAAGCUGGGAAGACUAAAACGUUUUCAAGCUUCAUCCCUGACCAGCAGAAGGCACCCCUCGGGAUUCAUGGCUGUCAAUUUGAAGAAGUAGACAGCUUUAAAUACCUCGGGACGAGACUGCUGCCUAAUGGACAGAGUAAGGACGACGUAGUCUACCGAAUCGAUGCUGCCUGUUGGGUUUUUUCAAGCCUUCGAAAAUGCCUAUGGAUCCGACGUGACCUCUCCAUCGCCACUAAGAUUCGCGUGUACCGUGCAUCUGUCCGGUCUGUCCUUCACUACGGUUAUGAAUGCUGGGCUUUUCGCGUGGAGGACAAGCAAAAAAUAGAGGUAUUUGACCGCCACCUCUUGAGGGUCAUCCUUUGAGUGAAGUUCACCGACUUCGUCUCAAAUGAGACAGUCCGCGCUCGCUGCGACAACAUCGCAUGGAUAACACAGGCCAUCCAAGAAAGACGACUGAGGUGGUUUGGGCAUGUUCUUCGUCGUGUGCCUCAGCAGCUCAGUGUUACUGCCCUCGAUCCGGCACCGUUGCCUCAUUGGAGACGUCGAAGAGGAAGUCAGUUCAAAACGUGGCUCGACAGUUUGUCAAGACAUGGAGGUGGUUCUUGGACCUUCGGUAUUCGGUCUACGUAGUUGGCGAAGGGAAUGGGUUGAGGUGUCCAGAUCUGCUGUCGCGGAUCGUCGCGCGUGGGAGGUACAAUUCGUGACAUCAUCGAGGCCGGCUAGAUCAGGCGUGAUCGCAGUCGUAUCAAGUACAAGUAAGUAGUCGAUGUCUCAACAGAAUCGCUACUGCAACAAGGACUCAGUUGCCGCACUUUUUUGGCCUGCAUACAUUCAUUCUUCUCUUUUCUCCUCCCCUCGUACGUCCUUAGUGCUUCCCGGAUAUUUUGAAGCUCCUGCGAGUGCCUCAUCUCUGCGAGACCCUAGUGGAGCUAGUUCUUCUGCUCCAGUCCAUUUGCUUCAGCAUCUGCCGUCUGUGGCCGUCCUGCGAAGAGAUUGGCUCCUCCGCCGUCAGGCUGCAUGACGCCAGCUGCCAAUGGGCUCGCCUCCUCUCCUCUGUCCUCAGCGGCUUUGACGUGAUGCUCUCCUUUCCGCUCGUACAGCAACUCAUUUGCCCUCUUACGGACAAUUCUAUUGCCUUCUACUCGGAGGCAGCGAGAGGUACUUUGGAAAUUAUGUUUGGAAAAGCAGCCACCCUCAUUCUCUAUGCCCUCAUGGAAUCUCUUGUCUUCCUUAUGCGACCCACCAUCCAUAUUUUCAAUCUCGUAAACUAAGACAAGCUGCGGCUUCUUGGAGCAUUUAAAGAACUUAUCAGAUUGUGCCAUUUCAGCUAGAUUCAACUCGUUGGGGAGAAGUUCAUCUCACUACAGCCUAUGCGCUCUUAUGUUAUCGACUUCGCACGCAACUCCAUUCUGCCCUCAGCCCCCUAUUCCUGACUAGAUUAGCACAAUGUCAGGAAGCAGUUAUCGUCCUUCAUGCACGGCGGUAUUUGCUGAUAGAAGCCAACAGCCGAGUUCCAGGUAGCAGUUUAGAAGACGAAGACGCGAUCACUGGAAAAAAACGGUUCGAAUUCUCACUCGAAUCCAUCACCAGAGACAGUCGCAGAUAAACUGUCUUUGAUGAUGGAUUCGAGUGAGAAUCCGAAACGUCAGGCCAAUAAAUUUCUUGUUCCAAUGAUCGCAUCUUCGUCUACUGAACGGCGGUAUUUUUUUGCUCCAAAGAAAGUGGACCUAGUGAAUCCUUAUUUUCGAUCUUCCAGACCACGAAGUCCUAACCGAUUUCUAAUUCGCUCAAUUAGCCCCAUGAUCUUACACCAAACCCCGUGCACAACAGGACCACCGGAAGACCAAGUUUAGUGGCGCGUGUAUUCGAACCCGAGAUGCGUUCAGUGCGCACUCUUAUGCUUCAAGACUCUUGCUUAUUUUCGUUUCGGUUGUAGAAAAUUCCCUGUCGGCCAGUGACCGUGUUUUUAAAUGAUGUUCUGUACUAGGCAGACGGACCAAUUCUCUGAUCCUAUAGGUUGCGCCUUUAUGACGACCAAAGCCUCUGACAACCACGAAGGCGUUCUCACCGAUCGUUCUUACGGAACUCACUCGUUCCUUAUGGGCGGCGACGCAUGAUAUAGGACUAGGGAGACUAGAGUGGCCAUUUCUGGCUUAUUAGCCGUCGUCAGUCAGUCAUACUGAACCCCGGGGUGGGGAACACCUGGGGCUCGAACUCGCGACCUGUUAGUUAGAAGUCCAUGCCACGAGGUCGUUGUCCUGGGUAUGACUGGCUGACGACGGCUAAUAAGCCAGAGAUGGCCAUUCCAGUCUCCCUUGUCUUUUUCGGUAAUAACAUUCUGCAUAUAUCAUGCGCCGCUGUGCGGCUGCUGGUUGGGCUUGAGAGCCCGUAAGGCACAACGGAACGAGUUAGUUCUGUAGGAACGUUCGGCGAGCGCCUCUCUACCAUUGUACACUCCCGAUCGAAACUGACAGGACGACGGGACCGUGGCUCAGUGGUUAGAGGCAUUGGACUUCUGUCUAAUAGGUCGCGAUUUCGAGCCCCAGGUGUUCCCCACCCCGGGGUUCAGUAUGACUAGCUGACGACGGCUAAUAAGCCUGAAAUGGCUAUUCUAGUCUCCCUUGUCUCUGUCGGUAAUAACAUUCUGUCCACAAAGGAGUUGUAUGCGUUUGCCUGCCUUUCACUAAAUCUCUUCCUCCGACGUUAACGUUGAUUAGUUUUCAGUUGGCCAAGUUGCGGGUUGUUUGACGCGUAUGUAGAACUUUCACCACCCUCAAAGUAGGCUUCCGAAAUGCCAAUGGACAAGCAGGCAACGGACAAGAGGUUUUGAUUGCGGUAGGAUUAGCUGACUGCGGAUGUAUAAAGUUCUCAGCUCGUGAAUAAUUAGUGGGCUUCCGAGCCGUCCAAUGCAGAUGUCUUCUGCUUCGCCUCGCCGUUCGCCCUUACACCUCGCCUUGGGAAGAUCCAAGGCCCUCGCAACAGUCCAAGGUGCGAAGAAAUCCUUGGAGGCGCGGGGUAAAGGUGUGGCAAACUGUGUUUGGCAAGUGACAGAGUCAGUCGGGCUGUGAAGCGAUGGGGAAGUGUCCCCAUGGAGCCCCAGAUAGGGCCAAAGUGUUUCCUUUAGUCCUCGCUGGGAACACCGCAUUUAUCCGUUGAUUCGUUAGGGGUAAGUUACUUUUUCAGUGGUUUGUGUGCACCAGCCGUGUCGGCACCUAGAACAGUAUGGACUCAAACUGUAAUCUGUGAGAAUAAUGGUACCUACACUCAGAGAAGCCACCCGGUGAUCCAUGAAGACACGUUUGAUGGUCUCCAUCAAAUUUUGGCUGAGUGAAAUAGUUGUUGGGUGUCUGCAAAUUUCCCUCGAGGACAAUAGCAUAAAGAAACUAUAUUUAGCUGAAUAACCUAUUCGCCCGUCUGGUUUGGCGGCGGUAUCGAUUGACUACUUUGUGUAUUCGCCACACGUUAACCUGGUAGCCAUUACCUUUGACGUCUGCGCGCGUCGGUAUUUAUUCGGCUUCACCUGAGUCAUCUGGCGGCCCACCAAUUCCCACGUAGAGGUUGCCUGACGUUCCGGGCAAUUAGAAGCAGUUACUGCGUUGCAAGUAUGAAGGAGGAUGAAGGAGGACGUCCUAUUUUCCUCUUCACCUCCAGGUCACCAACACAUGCCAAGGUUUCUCCCGUAUAUUCUUAAGACGAAAUAGAACCUCAUUAUCAAUGCUGUGUUUACGACUACCGACUGACUGUCAAGGUGACUGUGGGCUAGGCAACGAGUUCCUCUUACGGCAUUCCGACACGUAUAGUUUGUGACCCACGCCAUUCAGAUUCCAAGCUGUCCACCGUUGACGUUGGGGGGAAUAUUGCCCCGUUUUCAUUUUCACUUCGGGGUUGUCAACUCAUGCCUGCGUUUCUUCCGUGCAUGCCCGCAAGCGAAAUGGGGGUCUUAUCAAGCAGUAAUAUCAAAAGCCGUGUUAUCUCUGCUGUGUUUGUGAACGGCACCACUGAUUACUGUGACCAACCUGUCGAAUUCAUCAAAGCGGCAUUGUAAAGGGGUCUACUUACGUCACUCCAGUGUGUUAAGUUUAUUUGGCUAGACCGCAGUUGGUAGCCAGGAAUGGGGAGCGGACGGCUAACUUAACCCUGAUCCUAACCUAAACCCUAACCUUAACCCUAAACGUUAACCGUUAAUCCUAAUGGAAGCCUUAACCCUAACCAAAAUCGUAAACGUAACCGUAGCCCUUAGACAUAGCCGUAACUGAAAAACCUAGCCGUAAUACUGAAACCUAAUCGCACUCUCAAACCUUAACCGUUCCCCGAAAACCUAAGCCUAGAGAGUAUAACCCUAAGCCGAAAAUCGGACACCACUAACCGGUACCCUAAUCCUAACUUCAAACGUAAAACAGAAGCCAAAUGGGUCAGGUUUGAUUAUGUAGCCCCACAAAAAACCCCUGUAAUACGGGGCCUGGCAACCAACUGCGAUCUAGCCGUUUAGUUUGUGAACCAUGCCAGCUGUCCACCGCCGACCGUUAUGCGUCUGAACGAAGAUGCUCGACUUAUUGUCAUUGGGAAUUUAGAUCUGACCGAUGGCGCUCAGACAGUGUGGCUUCUAACAAGGCGAGUUUUUUUCCUUUUCUGGAACUCAUAUGUGUUUACCUUGGUUGUUUGACGUUGCCGUUGUUGUGCCCCGGAGUCUUUCCAGUCUUCUCCUCCGCCGCUCUAGGUCCCAGCGCUUGCGUGAUCCACGAGUGUCUCCUGCGUGCCCACCUCUCCCUGCUCGGAGGUCUCUGCUUAAGGCUCCUCAGCCUCCAACCAGGUACGGAGGUGUUCUAUCUCAUUGUGCAUAAUUCCCAAACUAGUUCUCCCCCUCAUACUACCCCUCCUCCUUUCUUUGCGACCUCCCCUCACAAAUUGUUGUUCCUGCCCUCCAUCAGGUGAUUACCACCUUUCAGGGGAGCGGGCGUGAAUUUUGUCAGUCUGUGUUUCGUUUAUGUUUGAAGUGGCGGGGAUUCAGAAGUAAAAGAAGACGUUGCGAUCACUGGAACGAGACGUUUAGGUAAGGAUUAAGUGCAGGCACGAAGUAAGUGAAAACGAUGGAGAACCGUCGACUGCAUUUGUCAGAGAAGGUGUUGUUCUGCAGAGUUUUUGGUCGGCCCUUCGUCGGCAGGAUGACAUUCGCUGACUUAUACCGCCCCGAGAAGCCGCUUCAUUGUUUGCACAGCCCACGCUAAUCCUCUACUAAGAGGAAAACUCGGUUUUUAAAAGAAGUUCGCCAUGAAGAGCAAUCAAGUAGUAAAAAAAAAUACUCAAGAUAAUGCUAGAUGGAAUACAUACGUCCGCCACUAAAACAGGGGGUUAAAAGCUGGUGAAUUAGUUAAGCAGCAGCCGCUAUUUUCCGAAGUUUAUUGGCCUGACGUUUCGGAUUUUCACUCGGACUCAUCUUCAGAGAUAGUCGCAGGUAAGGGUAGUGGAGGCACAAAGAGUGCACGGAUGAUGAAAUGGUGGCAAUUAACGACUCGGACACGGGGUAACGAGCCGUCAUCGCAUUAACCGCGACCUCCCCCUGGUGAUAAUUGAGAGAGCUGUUAAUUAUAGUACGCAUGUGGUCCCACGGCAGCUACUGAAUACAAAUACUGCACUAUUUGAGCCCCCACUUCCCUCAUUGGGGUCUGUCUCUGAUGAUGGAUUCACGUGAGAAUCAGAAACGUCAGGCCAAUGAAAUUUUUAUUCCAGUGAUCGUAUCUUCUUCUUCGGAACUGCGUCUCGGAACUUGCCUGUUCGGCAUCAAGUUAACUCGUGUGACUAAGUGUUGGUUUGUUAGGGUUUUGACUUUUCGUUAGGGUGUUAGUUGCCGGGUCUUCGCAUGUUCUUUGGUGAAAUCCGUCACCGAAAAUUCCUAACUGGUCACCAUCCUCUCAUCAAUUACCCCGAAGUAGCCUGAUUUCUUUACAACGUCGAUUGAUUUCACUUGGGCAUUUGCAGAGAAAGUUGCCGUCUCUGGAUCCCGUCAGCAUCGGCUGCUCGACGCCAGUCAGUCGAAGCCUCACAACCGCCUUAUCUGUUUACUUGCAUGUACCUGUUUGAGCGCGCACACUAGAUAUUUACUUGUUUACGCACUAAACAUGUGGGUCUCUUUUUUACUGUUGACGCCAAUUUUUUUCAUUCCUUUGCCUUUUCUUCCUCCGAAGGAGUCGAACGCACCGACCAACGCCUAAAGCUCCUGUCCCAUCUGAACUGGACAGUUAAUGGCAUUAUGCAUCUGCUGCUGUCUGCAGGUUGGCAUUCUCUGCCUGGUCUUUUGAUUUGCGUUUCUUCUCUCUCUCUCUCUCCCUCUCUCUCUCUCUCAUCGUUUUUCUUUUUGCCCCUGAAAACUUAGCUCUAAAUUCUUGUGAUGCUGUCAGAAUUGGCAAUGACGUUUUUUACUGUCGCUCCCAGUAGAACUGACUUACGUGGGCAUUUAUACGAGAGCCGGGUGGCUUUGGGACAGCUCCCGAUGGAAUUUUAGUUAGGUUAGGAAUUAAGCUGAAGGUUAGAUUUAAAGUUAACGGUGACGUAAGCCAGGAUCAGGUUUAGGGCUAAGGCAGGGACAAGUUUUGACUGCAGGAUUACGGCCUAGUUUAUGGCUAGGGACAAGGGUUUAGUCAUUGCACUUGUUAAUGGACUGGGGGUCAGUAAACCAUGAUUCAAGUAGCUCCCGGCUCACGCGGUUUUCACCUCUUGCGAGAAUUUCGGCCUCGUUGACUUUGAAUGUGUAGCCGGAUCUCGUCGAAUGAGCCGCAACUUGAGGGCUGGCGUCAUUUCUCCGCACCGCUGCAGCGUGUUUGGCCAUUCGCAUUCGGAGCUGUCUUCCGGUUUUUCCGGCGUAGUUGCUUCGUCCGCAACUGUAACAGCACACCAAGUGCGACCAUCCUGGAUGAAGGGGGAGCCGUGAAUGUUCAUCCUUUAAAUACUGCAGCCCCUUUGCAUGAACCACCCGUAUUUCCUUUUGUCUUUGAUGAUGAGUUCGAACAGAAAUCCGAAACGUCAGGCUAAUAAGGCUCUUGCCCCGUGCGAUCGUGUCUCCUUCUUUAAGACUACUUCCUGGGACUCGUCUCUUCGCUUCUAUUGACAAACAACAGUUAGCAUCUUCUUACCCUGCACAUAUACGAUCAAGAUUUGGGCAACGGUUCAGUUUUUUAUUAGGGUCAUUUUUGGGGUUAGGACACAGGAAUAUGUUGUACUUUCUGAAAUCAGGUCAGCCUUUAUUACUUGGUCGAGGCGUUCUUAUUUCCAUGUCCUCUUUAGACGUCCACAUAAGUCAGUCCCGCCGCGCCCUCCCCCCUCCCUUCGCCAUGCAAGGUGACGUCACUCGUCUCUUCUAGUGUCUUCGGUGUCCUUCGAGGGAAUUUAAAUGCGCGCUCCCCAUCGCUAGCUAUCCAAGCCAACUCCCGACUUUUACUCAGGCGAAAUCCAGACAUCUAUCUCAUGUGUGCCUAAAUAUGGUGGACCGGCUGUUUAAAACAGCAGCUGUCAGCAUCCUAAGUGCACACGCACUUCCCGAAUCCUUUUCUAAGUAGCAUUCUUUAUGCCCGGCUCCUGAGAAGCAUUCAAGUCAUACAGCUGGCGAUCUUGAUUAGUAAUUGCUUCCUCUGUAGCAGAACCCUGAGCACACGUGUGGACUUCCAAAUUUCAAGCUAGAGGCUAAAAUCACACUCGGUAGGUUUGUAGGAGUCGGUAAUUAGUUCUGUAGUAGGUGCGCAGACCUCAGAACGGGUCUCCUUGUCCGAAGAUAGGUUAGUACAACUCGGUGUCUAUCUGGUGUGCCUAUUCCACUGGCCCAACAGUUUGAUUGUCGAUUUCGACGAUGUCCACCGUGUGCUCCACAACAAGGUACAUCAGGCACGGUGACUUUCGCGCAAAUUAAUUUAUAGUGAUAGUAGACUUGCGCAGUAUCUACCGCACUUUCUCUUCCCCACUCACCACCUAGACCAGGUGUUAAGACAGAGUCAAAAAGAUCGGAGGCGGGGGUGGGCGCAGAUGAAUGGCACGGUCGAGCCCGCACCUUGGCGUCCCACUCCACGCCCCCUGGUCCAUACAGCAAAUGAUCAGGUUUUGGCAACAACAACACCCCAACAGGGGUCUGAAGAACGAGGUUGAUGACUGGGCAGUCAUGCCCACCACCUGUACUCCCAGCGGGAUCGCACGCGCAUCUGCCAGCAGGGAACGAGGCUGCGAGGGCCAUGGCUUGCUAAUGCUAACAGAGUACACGCCUUCAGACCUUUUAACCUAUUCCAAGUCAUAUCCUCGAUGACAUUGAUAAGACAAAAAUUUACUUCACACUCUAGUUACAGUAUUGGCAUACUAUUCCACCCCUUUAGUAAGACCUACACCACUCGGGUUCGAGGUUAUCAUUGCCGUCAUUAUGCGGCCCAUUCGAGUAUAGGACCAACGUCCCAUAAGUCAGUGUCCUUUUUAUGGCGAAACCUUGAGGGAAUCUUGACAAGUGCGGAUGUGACAUUUUACCCCACAUAUGCCUUUGGGUCUCUCUCUCUCGCUCUCUUGCACUCCCACCUCCCCGCCUCCCUCUCCUCUCGCACUCCCCUCUCUGUCGCCUGUCUCUUUAACCGUCUGAAUAUUUGCAGUCAUCCGCCGUCCUACGACAACAAUACCCAUAUCCAAGCCAAAAGUAUGCAUAACACUUACGUAAUAUUCAGCUUAGAACCCUUACUUGUUCGCCUGUAUUGCUCUUCUACUACCGCUUCACAGCCGUUUUCUGAUUAAAGGAAACCCCCUCGCAAGUCGCCUAUUGCGCUCAAAUCGACUAUCAUAUCCGUUCGACUAGAUUUUCUAGAUUCCUUCGGGCAUUUCGGUUGGCUUUAAGAAACUGCAGUACCCAUGGACAGUGGUUUAAACCUGCGUCAGUUGGCUACAAUUUAAGUUGGCCAUAGUUGUGGUGACUGGCGAGACCGGAUUCUCGUUUACACGUGCAACACACAUGCUGGCCUCUAGAUGAACUGAAUUUUUAGGGUUGGGGGUCAUGGAUCUGACGUCCAUGAAAGCCCCAUAAAGGCAAGUUUAGGAAUGCGCCAUUCCAUUCUAGCCAGCAGUCCUUAGGCAGAAUUUUGCUACCGGCAAAGACAAGGAAGACUGGAAUGGCCAUUUCCAGCUCGUUAGCUGUCGUCAGCCAGUCAUACCCACCCCCGAAGUGUGGAACACUGGGUGAUCGAUCCCGCAACCUGUUGAUUAGAAGUCCAACGUCCUAAAUACCGAGUCACAGGCUCGUUGUCCUGUCGGUUUCGAUCGGGAAUGUACAAUGGUAGAGGGGUGCUCACUGAUCGUUAUUACGUAACUCAUUCCUCCCGUUGUGCCUUACGGGCCCUCCCUCUUGGGGUUCGGUAUGACUGGCUGACGAAAUCUAAUAAGUCAGAAGUGACCAUUCCAGUCUCUCUUGUCUUUGUCGGAAUAUUACUUUGUCUAUAUUAGGCGCCUUUGUGCGGCUGCUGGUUGGGCUCGAGAUAGAGCCCGUAAGGCACAACGGGACGAGUGAGUCCCGUAGGAACGAUCUGUGAGCGCUCCUCAACCAGCGCUCCCUUAUUGCAGCAAGUUAGCCCGUCAGUUGGCAACCUUCCAAGCCACUACUUUUGGCUCAUAGUAACAACCUGAAAGCGCGCUUAGUCGUGCGAAACAUAGGCGUUAGAUGUGACGUGGAUCCACUUAACUCUUCCUCUCAUAUUUUUCCUAACAAGAUGCAAGCGCGCUAUCGGACACCCGCCAUUCACAGACUCGAAUCUCGCCCACGUUCUCAGAACGUGAAACAAAUGUAUUCACCACAAUCCACCUUCUGUGUUAAUCUUUAGGUCCAUUUCAGCCCACGUCCUCACGGACAUCCAAGCACAACUCCCACGUUGACAACCAGUUAUGAAUUGGCUCUUUGUUUAGCUCGACUGGGUUCGGAUGCCCUUACGAAAUUUGGCGUUUGAUAAAGUCAUUUUGUGUGAAAUCGUGGCUUCUUGAAAAUGACUGCUUGAACGUACAGCCUACUUUGACAUUUAGUGAGCUCAGUGAUCCAGGCUUGAUUUGAACCGCGGCCGACGUUUAACACGUUUCUACAGAUGCCUCAAGGCGAUUUCACUCGCCGUCCCAGUAAGGAGACUUCCCGAGGCUUUCGUUGUUUUUUUUAGGAAAGAUCGCGUGACAUGUCAUAAGUAUUGCCCAGGAGUACGUGAGCCAACAUCUCGACCACUUGCGUAAUCUCCCUUUUCAAAGCUAGAAAUCCGAGUCUGCCAUUCUUAUUCAGUCACGUGUGGGGAACGCAAUUAGAGAUGGUGGAGAAAUUAGCCGACCUCGUGCGUUCAUUCCGCCCGCGGAUGCGCUUAGAGGGGUUGCGGUUGGCCGGAUAUCCCGAUCGUAAAGGUGGCUCCUCAUACUACGGUUUUGAUCAUAAGUCAUACGGUCACCGUGUCUGAGUGGUUGGUUUUUUUACUCUCUGCAUGUUAGACGAAGACGUGAACAAGUUCGUGACCAGCCAUCUUAUUGUUGUCGGUGUAAUACGAUUUAUGUACAGCUCUAUUCACUCACAAUUUACUCUGGCUUCCGCCAACUAAAACUGGUCAUGCGACAUAUGCGGUAUUCCAUUAAAGUUGCACUACUCCGCUCGGUCCCAAAAAUGCUCAAUCCUAGCCUUGUGCGCCAGCAACAAGACUUCUGAAACGCCUUCCUUCCGAGCCCCUGUUUUUUUUCCAGAGAUAGAAAGCCCUCAAAAUCAAUUCAAAUCAACAGCCGACGCUCCGCUUGCCUCCCCUCUGAAGUCCUCCAGUUGCGAGGCUCUCCAGGUCGAUGUGAAUUUCCACGGCCGACUCCCUAUUAUUGACCAACUCGAGAGGGCACUCGUCACGGCCCUUGUCAAUGCUGCUUCCCAUGCCUUGGUAUGA